GCCCAGCAGUGUCUCGCCGCCCCAAUGGGCGGCCGCGCCGGCGAGAGUAGCAGCGGCAGCAGCGUCGGCGGCGUCUCGCGCAGCCUCCUCAAGAUGGCCGCCUCUCCUGAGCGACCUGCGGAGGCGGCGUCGGCUGCUGUGGGCUUGGCGCUACGGAGGCACCGCUGAGGAGGGUGGCAGCCGGCUGGCGCCGUUCCCCCUGCGGCGGCGGCGGGCGGCGGUGGCCCCGGGCAGACGUUGCGAGCUGCAACACCAUGCGGCGGGGCUAGAGCCGGAGGCUCCCACCGCGAGCAAGGAUGUUAGCUGAGGUAAGAGAGCCGCAGGCGAGACGGACCGGGCAGCGGCGGAGGAGAAGAAAAAGGGGCCCGGAGGCUGCAGGCCGCUCGCCCUGCGCGGCGCUCCGAGAGGUCCUGCCUUCGUGACAGCGGCCAGCCGCCCGCGAGAGACUCCUCGGGCCCCGUUUCCACGGCGGCGAGGGCCGUUGGGUCUCUGGAUAGUUGUUUUUUUUUACCCCCGCGGGCCCUUGUGGGUGCUGCUGCCGCCCCUCAGCAAGCCGGCCGAGGGUGGCUUUGGGUCGUUUCAUAAGGACGUCGGUGUGAUGAAGCUGAAUGCCCGGCUGCUCCCAGUAGGCCUCCUUCGGGAGGCGUUGGCCUCCGGAUGCAGGUCCGCACCUGGAUUUCCUUCUCCAUCCCUUCUCGGGGUCUCCCCUCCCCCCAGGGUUAACUGGCGAGCACCGGGGCAGCUUUAUUACCCCGAGCCGAGAGAGAGGCGGCCACCAGCUCGGCACUUUCCUUAUCUCCCUCAGUUUCACUCAUGUGACCCUGCAGCAUAUCUCGUAAAGGGAAAGCGAAGCGAGUUGUUGAUAGUAUUGUUCUUGGCGGUGGUAAUGUUACGGAACUUUCUCAGUGUAAAAGAAGCAACCCCGAAUUAUUAUUUUUUUAGGGUGGUUUGGGGUGUGUGAUGGGACAGGAACUCAAGUCUUGUUUUCUCAGGACUGCCUGCUGCUUAGACUCAGCCAGCCUCAAUGGCUUAAACUUUUUAGGGUACUGUAAUUAGAAUUGUGGUUUGUGAGUGUUGCCUCCUGUGUUGCUGCUCAUCUUUUGGUGGAGUGGGUAGGACUUGGGGCCCUUACAAAUGUGUUGCCGGAAAAGCAUUUCAUGUGUUUUGUCCUCUCUGUUGUCUGGUUUUUAUUUGUUUUUAUUUUUGUCAAGCUGCUUUGAGACUUUUUAUUGGGGGGGAGGAAUAAAAAUGACUUCCUGUACUAAGUAAAUAAUAGCAGCAGCAACUUCAUUGAAUGCUAGUGUUAUGCUUUUGGUAUAAAGUGUGCUAGCUGUGUUCUUCCAGGUUAAGGAGCAAACACUCUUUUAGUGCACACCUAUGUACCGUAUAGUGACUCAGAAGUAAGCCCCAUUGUGUUCAGUGGGACUAUUCCCAGGUAGGUGUGCAUAGGAUUGCCACCUUGUUAUGUUUUCCGCAAAAGUGUCAGCAAGCUUUUAAGUUACACAGAAGUUGCGCGAGGCUGCUAAUUCUUUGCUGUUGUAUUUUUCUGGAUACUUAAGUGGUCCAGCUGCUGGUGGUUAAUGGGUCAAAGAUAUUGUUGAAUAAUACAUUGAAUACCUUGUGAUAACUCAAGUCGCUCACCAGUGCCAUGACCCUAAAGGUAUUGGCUUGGACCAUACUGAACAUAUGAAGCUCCUUCAUACUCUGAGAUCAUUAGUAUUGCCUAUUCCUAAGUGGGACCAGCUUCAUGGAGUCCAGGGCAGUGGGUUUUCUCAACCCUGCUCCCCUAAAUUCUUUUAAUUGAUAAGUGCAACUGGGGUUCCUGGUUGCAAAGCAAUUGAUGUACUCUUGUCAUUAAAUUCUGCAAAAGAAAUGAUUAAUAAGAUACCUUGCUGCUGCUUUCAUGUCAUUUCAAACUGUAAUGUAUGAAUCUGAGGAUUAUGUACAGUACAGUGGUACCUCGGGUUACAUACGCUUAAGGUUACAUACACUUCAGGUUACAGACUCCGCUAACCCAGAAAUAGUGCUUCAGGUUAAGAACUUUGCUUCAGGAUGAGAACAGAAAUCGUGCUCCCGCAGUGCGGCAGCAGCAGGAGGCCCCAUUAACUAAAGUGGUGUUUCAGGUUAAGAACAGUUUCAGGUUAAGUAUGGACCUCUGGAACGAAUUAAGUACUUAACCCGAGGUACCACUGUAUAUGAAUUCGGUAACUAUACGUGACAACCAAAUAACAUGGUUACUGCUGCUGGCACUAGACAUUUCCAUGUAAUUUGGAAGCUUGCAUGCUUUUUCACCAACAGAAAUGAUGACAUAAGAAGAAACUGCUGAAUCAGGUCAGUGGCCCAUCUUGUCCUGCAUCCUGUUCUCACAUUUGCAGCCAGAUGCCUGCGAGAAGCCAGCAAACAGGACAUGAGAGCAACAGUAGUCAUUGCAGUUCCCAGCAACUGGUAUUCAGAGGCAUAAUGCCUCUGACAGUGGAGAUAGAUGCAAACAUAUUAUUCUCUGAAGUGGUGUAGAAAAAAAUUAUUAGCGGAUAGUAACAGAUAGUAUUUAUGUAGUGCUUUGAGCGCUCUAAAGUGCUUCACAUAUAUGCCUUGAUAAUGCUUACAAUAGCCCUGUAUGGAAAUUCACUCUUAUUAUUUCCACAUUGCAUAUUGGCUGAGACUAAUAUAUAAUGAUUCGCCUAAGGCUGCACCAAAUCAUUGUGAGGCAGAUGCAUACUUGUUAACUAUGCAGUAAAAUACGUUUUUUAUUUACAUUUCCUGUUCAUCCUGUGAUCAGCUGUUUAAAAGUUCACUUGAACUGAUAGCAUUUAAUAAUGUAUUGUGACUAUUGAAGAAAUACUGUUUUGAGAAGUUAUUUUCUCAGGAUUUAUGUACAUUUUUGGUACGUGUCGGACAGGAACUUUCUAUUUUGAUCUGUCGCUUUCAUUUUGUUCAGAUAUGUACAUUCCAGAAUGAAAGGUGCAGGGUGGUGCUAGUGGAUUUCUAUCAGCAUAAGAGCUGGAGACGGAGAUGCCUUGCACAGUGAGCACUUGACUAAUACUGCUAUCUAUGUAAAAUGAAAGGAACUUAAAAGCAGCACUGGCACCCAACCUCUGUAUCAGCCUUGCAACUCAUUUUGAUUAAAAGAUCUAGCUUGGGGGUAAUCAGAAAAGUGUGAGCAUGAAGUAUUACACAUAUGUCAUCUUUAAAUUGCUUACAGCACUGCCCUAUACAUGUUUGUUUGAAAGUGUGUCCUGCUCUGUUCAUUGAGGCUUAGUCCCUAAUGUGUAGGACUACAGUCCUAAAAUAGCUUCUGAGUAUCAAUACUUGUUUAAUAAGUAUUGUAACACAGUUUUACUGGUGCUUUCAUUGGAUAGUAGUUGUGCAUGUUUGACUGAACUUAUUCAAUCAGUCCCAGGUUUCCUUGCUGAUAUUUUAGUACUAAUCCCCCCCAUGCUUUUUUAUAGAAAUUUCCCCCUCCCUGCCAUUUUUUAAAAAGUUCAUAACACUGGAGAGAACCAAAUAGAUUACCUAGUUCUACCUUGAAUGGAAUAUCAUGUACCUGAAAUGCCUGCAAUGGAAGCCUGUGCAACUUAAAAUUAAACAAAUAAACACACUCAGCAAAUUUCCAGGAAAAGGGGAUCACCAGUACCAGCAUUUCUUAUAGUUACAAAGUUUUCCCCCCUGAACUCACCACUCUAACUUACAAGUGAUAUGCUAUCCACAUUGGCAAAGUUCACAACUUCUAGUCAGUUUUGAUUAAUGAAACACAAAUAUUCAUCAUUCUCAAAUAUAAGAUUGAUAUUUGUCUACUAGACAUUUGUUUUGCUAAUAUUUGUAGCAGGGUCUAUAGUGGGAGGGGAGGAUUGCAAAGCAAUGCAUGUGUUCGUGAAUAUUCCAUGGUGGAGUUAGAACCGUUUCCUAUGCCUUUGGCAGCUCACUGCAGCCGGGGCAGGAGAGGGUGGACAUCUUUCACCCGCUCUGGUUUUCUCCUCCCACCACCAAAAAACUUGUUCCCAUUGAUUGUCAGCUCCAGAAUUUGUAUAGCUGUGGGAUCCUUAUGUGGUGUGUGAGGAAAGAUUGAGGGCACAAGGAGAAGGAGACGACAGAGGACAAGUUGGUUGGACAGUGUUCUCGAAGCUACUAACAUGAGUUUGACCAAACUGCGGGAGGCAGUGGAAGACAGGAGUGCCUGGUGUGCUCUGGUCCAUGGGGUCAUGAAGAGUUGGACAUUACUAAACAACUGAACAACAACAAUAAGGAUCUUGGAGCUCACUGCUCUCUUGUUGUAGUUUGCUCUUUUGAAUCAAAAGGUUAUGAGAUAUGGGCAUUCACAUCUGUAUUAUAAGAAAUACAACGUUUGAUGACCCAGUCUUUUCUAAGGCUGAUGGGCUGGCCAUUAAUCAUGUUAUUAUAACUUUGGUCCUCUAGUUUUCCAGGUCCACCAGAUUAUUGCUAAUAUAGCAGCAUGGGCUGGGACUAAACCAUCAUCAGAAGAGAUCACUGUCAAACUGCAUAAUGAUUUGGUCUAGAUUGGAGAGCCAGUGUGGUGUAGCGGUUAAGAGCGGUAGUCUCGUAAUCUGGUGAACCGGGUUCGCGUCUCUGCUCCUCCGCAUGCAGCUGCUGGGUGACCUUGGGCUAGUCACACUUCUUUGAAGUCUCUCAGCCCCACUCACCUCACAGAGUGUUUGUUGUGGGGGGUGGAAGGGAAAGGAGAAUGUUAGCCGCUUUGAGACUCCUUAGGGUAGUGAUAAAGCAGGAUAUCAAAUCCAAACUACUCUUCUUCUUCUUCUUCUUCUUCUUCUUCUUCUAGAUUUUCCGAGCUUAAAAGUUGAAAGAAGCAAAAGCACAAGUCAUUUAGAAACAUCAGUCUGCUUAUCACAUGGUCCACAGCCUAAACAUUUUUGAUGUUCAGAUUAAUGACAUAAUAGAACUAAAAUUAGGACAUAUUAUUUCUGGGAAUAGGAGAAUUGCUGACUGUCUACAUUUCUUGAAGAGAGCCAGACUCUACUUUUGAAAAUAAGCUAUAAAUUAUUAGAUAAAGCUGAAUAGUUCUAUCAUUCUAUUGCUAUCAUUCACACCAUAUUAAUAGAUAUGGGUACCAAUAACAAUGAUUGUUUUAUCUCUACUAGAAUUUAUAUAUGCAAACUGCAUCUUUGCAGUCUUGCUUGGGGUAGGACAAACUAUGAUGAAUAAAUCAAAGCAAUUACAUGCUCACAGUCCUGCCUAUAUCAGUCAUAAAAUUAAGUUGGUAAAAAAGUACAAAAGUCAGAAAUGGCUAGUUUUAAAUAACUAAAGCUAUUGGGUUAUAUUCAACAUUAGUCAUACUCUCAAUGGCUCCAUUGACGUUAGUCUGUUGACUUCAGUAUGUCUACUGACUUACUAAGUAUCACCCACUAUAAUGGGUAGGAAAUUGGAUUUUGCCAGCAGGCUGUGUUGUUACCUCCCUCACUAUUUCUGCAAUCAACUGAUGCCACAAUGACACUGAAAUCAAAAUAUGUAGAUAAAGGCACAGUGAGGAUACGUGAAGGCCCAUGCUUGGAGUUUUGCAAGCCCUGACAAUUUGCUGAUAGUUGGAGUUUACAAAACAUGGUCACAGUGCUUAGCAGACCCCACAGUCAACUGAUCAGAACUUUAAGCACUGCUAUGUACUAGGUUUCACAACACCAGGAUCCGGUUUUUUGGAUAGAUGCUUGGAUGCUAGAAGUGCUCUGGACAGGGUGUGUAAUAGUCAAAGAAAGGGUACUGUAUAGUUUCCAGGUGAUACAUACAAUUUCCUCCUUACUUCCAAGUGUAUACCUCGCCCAGAGGCAGCUGUAGGGGAGCAUGACUGGUGCGAUUGCAUCAGGCAUGGAGCUUCUGUUCUGGGGUGCUGGAAUAGUCAGCACCACUUUUACUCCAAUGAAAGGUGAUAGACAGGAGGGCGGGGGCAGGGCUGGCUUUUGGCAUCUCACAGGGCGCCGCUGAAAUUUGAGAUGCUGAGGUCCACCACUGCCUUGGCUCUAUGCUUAUGGUUAUUGAUUUCCCAGCCAUCCAUGCUUGAUUUCCCAGCCAUCCAAGCAUUAAUUUAUGCUUACCAUCUAAACUUGUGCAAAUUUGAACUGGCACAAUGUAUUUAAAUAACACAUUUUUCCUAAUGCAGAAUAUGGUAGUUUCUCAGUAUUUUUGCACCAUCAGGUGUAGCUUGUUGUCACAAAAUUUUAUUUUAUUCUACCUAGUGCAAAUAUAUUUUGAAGAGCAUAUUUUUUCCUAUGUUGAGGAACUUAUCUAAGUAGUAGUUCUGAUGUUUAUAUAUCCACAGAGAUAGACAAUUUUGUCUAACACUGACUUUAAAUAAAACAAUUACCGUACAAUCUUGCAGACUAAAGAAAAUUCUGGUAUAUUUAUAAAGUAUAAGCGAAAAGUUCAAACACUAUAGGCCUUUCUCAUUAUGUGAUUUAUAACUGCAUAGACAAGCACAAUUGUGAAACACCAUAAAUGAGUCAUACAUCUAUUAUAGAUUUUAAGAGCUGACUGUGAAAACAAGCUGGGUGACACCUUGUUAUUUGCUCUCCAGGCCUUUGCAUUAGGACCACAUUGUCAUCCUGUUUGUUACGUCAAGCAGAGGAUACAAUAUGAGAUAAUAUGUGAUCAUGCACACAGAAAACCUUGCCAUUUUGUAUUUAGCAAUCCCUUUCCAAGUGCCCACUGAGUGGUUGGCCUAUAAGGGCAAAGAGGACAGUACUCUGCCACUCUUGCAACCCAGAGCCAGAGGCACUCUUCUUUAACCUUUCCCCCCAUGUUAUGUCUACCUCCUUGGAGUCUGCAUCACUACUGCCUGGGUAUAUAUACCCCCAUAACCCUCCAGGGAAAAAAAGACAAACACCAAAGUCUAUCCCGCAUGUUGUGGGAUUAUUUUCAGUUCAUGCGGUCAGCUGAUGUGGCUCAGGGGCUGGCGGCUAUCACAUCUGACCAUGUGCCUUCAAGGCAUAUUAAAUCUAGCGGGGAGCGGGUGUUGACUGGUUGGGUUCAGAGCGUGGUGAAUGUUUCAUUGCAUAAGGCAGUGGUUCCUGUAAUGAUGCAAUCGCUCUUAAAGAAACUAGUCCUGGACACCUUGGACUGGAAAAACUAUCAACCAGUUGCAGAUACCCACUUUUGGGGGCAGAUGGUGGAGAGAGUAGUGGCAUGGGAACCAUCAGCAUUAUUGGAUGGCACAAGUAAACAUACAUUGGAUUGGACUUGAUGUGGUAAAACAAAUUCGUUUCUGAAGGUAAUAUUUUCUGACUUCUCUAUAUGAAUGAUAUGGUAGCACUAUAUGUAAUUAUUUAUUAUAAUGUGAUUUCUAACACAAACAUAUGCAUUUUACUCAAAAGAAACUCCAUUGUGUUCAUUUAGACUUGCAGUCAUUGGAGUACAUGUACAAGUGCAAAUUUGCAGUGCUUUGCCUACCACCAGCCGUGCCUAUUGUUAGCCCUGGCUCUGCCUGCUGUUAACUGCCCUUCCCACUGUUCAACCUACCCCAGUGGACACCAACUUGCAUUGGUCAUGGCUGGUUGCAGUUGCACACAGAAUUCCAUGCACACUAUGCCACUGGUGCUGCCUGUACUCUGGUAGCAGUUGCUCACUAGCAGCAUAACCCAUGACUACCACACCCAGGAAGAAAAAGUUCCUGACUUCACACUUCUGCUGCUGCAAAUGCUUGGCUGAAAAUAUCUAAUUUUAGAAUGCACGGGUUACUCUUGGGCUUUUGAGCACAGGGGCAUUGGCCCUUCUUUGUAAAACUGAUGGCUUGACACAGGAACUUGAGUGGUGAGAAAUAAGUCGUUAGGAUUGUGUGUAGCUGCUGCUAUGACCAAGUAAGCAUAUAAUUGCAAAACAUGCAGUAUUGCAGGCAAAUAUGCAGAUACUUAGAAUUAGGGCAUUAAGUGGUAAAAACUUCUUGAUAUCAAUCUUAGUUGCUAGUUAUAAGCCACUUAUAAUUUUACUAUUCUCGUGUAGGCUGCCACUGGAUUUGAAGUAUUGUCACGUGCAUUGUUAAUAGUCUUAAAGUAUCAUCAUGUGUAAUGUCAUGUGCAUUGUUGAAAGGUACUUAUACUGCAGCCUUGUAAAUAAGCUCGGAAUAAUUACUAGACUGCAGUCCCUUUUCUUACUAGUUUGCUAAGAAAUUAGCAGCCUGCUUUUCCAUGCUGGCCCUUAAGGAGGUUAAACCUCUUAGUAGGCAAAUAAAAAAGCCUUAUAACAAGUGGACUAGCAGAGGAGGAACGAGUGAUCUGCGAGUCUGCUUCGGAUUGUAAAAGAGUAGACUUCCAUUCUUCAGGUGGUACAGAGACAAAGUGGGCUGCUGGAGGAGGGAUGGGGUCCUUCCAUGAAACCUUCUCACUGUCUGACAUGUACCAAAAAUGUACAUUAAUCCUGAGAAAAGAACUUCUCAAAACAGUAUUUCCUCAAUAGUCACAAUACAUUAUUAAAUGCUAUCAGGUCAAGUGAACUUUUAAACAGCUGAUCACAAGAUGACCAGGUAAUUCUGUACACUUGCCUUCCAUGGAAUUCCUGGCUUCCUAUGGCUGCUAGGCUAGUGCUUCUAUAUGUGUCUGUUGUAAUGCUUACAUCAAUGUUUGGCUUUUAACAAAGCACUUUAAGAUGGGAAGGUUGACCCUUAUAAAAUGUUCGUUAGUGAUUCAGAUGGCUCGAAAUAUGUUGCCUUUAGUAUCUAUCUAGUUUUGUUUCAGGAGCAAGUGCUGGUGAAGAGUGCUAAAUGGGGAUCUUAGAACAGUGAAAAACUAAAAGGAGAUGGACAAAGCAAUAUGAUUAUCAGUACAUCUUCCCUGUUCCUUCCAUCAUUAUUAAUUCAAAUGCUCUAGUUGCUUUUCUCACCCAACUUUGGUAGGUAGUCAUCUCAACAUGCUUUCCAUAUUCUAAAGUCAUUGUUCUUGUUAAUAAUAAUAGUAAAUUGUUAAGUUUUAAAUCUCUUUUCAGUGUAAUUCUAGAACUUUUAAUAGACUGAUUCUAUUUUUGUAGUUUAAAAUAUUAUGUCAACUUGAAAUAAUGAGGCACAAGUCUCAUCUUCACAAGCUUCUAUUUUUGUUUAAUGCAGAUAUGGGCAGACUUCAGGGUGGUGAGAUCUAUUUUGUUUUUUGCAGGAAUACUGAGGUUCACCAAUGGGACCCAGCUGGAUGAUGGGGCCAGUUAUGUACUAAACCCAAUGAACUGUGAACUAGAGGAACUUGCAUAUAUAAGUACAAAUAUACACCUGAGUUACCACAGAUCAGGAAAUUCUAACAGUCUCAUUGACAAUUACUUUGAGGGGUUUGUGUGUGUGUUGUAGUUGUUAAAUAAUUGGGAACCAGAAAACAUGCCUCUGCAAUGCAAAUAAUCCAGAGAUCAAUCUGCCUUUGCUUGUCUCUUUCUUAAUGAACUUUGCUUGUAGUUGUAAUGGGGGAAAACCUUUAUACAGUCAUACCUCGGGAUAAAUAUGCUUCAGGAUAAGUAUUUUCGGGUUGCGCUUCGCGGUGACCCGGAAGUAACGGAGCACGUUACUUCCGGGUUUCGCCGUAUGCGCAGAUGGUCAAAAUGACAUCACACACAUGCGUGGAAAUGGCAAAACGUGACCCGCAGACGCGCUGUGGCAUCUUACGUUCUAUUCAGGAUGCAAAUGGGGCUCCGGAACGGAUCCCGUUCACAUCCUGAGGUACCACUGUAUAUUGAACCUGUUUGUAUAUUACUGCAGGUACAUCAUGAGAGAUAGUAACUUAUAUUGCUGAAAUUAUUUCUAAAUAAUAGAGCAUCGUGAUAACACUAAUCACCCAUGGGUGUAAUACCUAGUUACCAGUUUGAGGUCCUGUAUUUCUUACUUGCCUAGUAGUUGUUUCGACAUUAGCUUUAUGUUGCUGUUUCACUUGUCCAUGAUAGCAACAGCACCAUUUCAUCUAAUGGUAUAGCAUUAAAAUAAUAGAAGGUUGAUGUCACAAGGUAAAUGCCAUAAUAGACAACAUAAAUGGUUAUGUAGUGUUUAGAUGAAGGUCAGUAUCAUUUGGAGCAAUAUAAUGCUUUGUUAUACAUAGCACUGUUCACUUAUGUCUUUAUGUUAAUUGCUUAAAUUUAGUUGACUCAGAUGUCUUUAUUUGGAAGACAACAGGUUUGAAAUUUAAUUAAUUCUAUGUUGUGGGCAUAGGUGGAAUUACAUCAUAACUGAAAAGCAGCUACAUAGAAACAAUAUAAGGUUUUGUAAUCUUCAGCUCUCCUUUGUCCCAGACAUCAAGGGUGAGCUCAGCUGACAUGCUAAAAGUGCAGUUCUCAGUAAGUGCUUUCAGAAGUAGAUGUUGGUGAGUUCAGUGGUACUGCCAAAUAAGUAGGACCUAUGCACAGGUUUGAAGUCUAAGCCUAGAAUCUUAAGCACACAUUUAGUUUUGGAACUUGAAUCUCUUUGCUUGAUGUAUUUUGGAGUUGGAAUGUAGAAUUUCCAUGACCCUUGAUUUGGAAGUAACUAUGGGAUAAAGUUGGCUGAAUCCCUGUUUUUGAAUUUGAGGUAUGUUGCAUGUGUCAUAAUUCAUUGUCUCCCCUUGGUCAGAUCACAGGAAGUGGAAUUUAUGAAUUGAGCUUUAAUAUGUACUUUACUGUGUACGCAUAUGAUUUAAAUUGCUUUCUUCCUGACAAUGUGCAGAAAAUCUUAGCCACCUAUAAAUAUCCACCCUAAUUCCUAAUUUGCUAAUACAAGCAUAUUGCAGAUUAUCGACUGCGUCCUACUCUCACUCUUGUUUUCUUAUGGAAGAGAAAAGGUAGUAUUGUGGCAGCACCACAGCUAGCACCCUCAAUUAAAACACAGUGAUUCUGUAAAAUCUGUAGGAAAAAACCCAAAGGAAGCAGCCUUCCUCAAGCUGGUGUCCUCCAGAUGUUGUUGGACUUCAACUCCUAUCAGUUCCAGCUAGCAGGCACAACAGUCAGGGAAGCAGCUUGGGAAGGCUGCCUUCAGGGAUGGGGAAUUCCUCAGAGCAGCCCAGGACAGAUUCUGCAUUCUGUCAACACUGAGCAUGCUUAAUCUCUAUCGGGAGAAGAAUUCACCCCGAGAGGAAUUCAUCAUAUUAGAGAGAAAGAAUCAAAUUGAAUCGAAUCAUAGAGUUGGAAGGGACCACGAGGGUUUUUCCCCCAACAACUCUUAUUGAUCCUCUCCUCGCCCUUCUGGUCUAGAUUGGUGCUAUACCAGAUAGCCAGAUAGAUACAGCUGGGUCACAGUAGGGCAGUUCAUCAAUUUAGGUUUCAGUAAUUUAUGCCAGGUCAGUCUGCAAUCAUAGGAACAUAGGAAGCUACUUUAUGCUAAGUCUCACUAAUGGUCCAUCUAGCUUAAUGUUGUCUACCCUGCGAAGCAGUGACUUUCAUAGUCCUACCUGGAGAUGUUCAAAAGACAUUUGGGUUCAGGUAUCAAUAAACCUGGUUGACAAAAUCACCCAGUGCAGUAAUAUCUCAACCUGAUUGAACAGCUCCAAAGAGCCCAGUGGGCAAACAAGCAGCUUAGUGGCCGAUAAAAUUCAGUGUAAGAUGCAAAAUAAUGUAUACAGACAGUGACUAGGACAGGGGCGAGGCACGCAGGGGCUGGGAAUGGAACCCCCACCUGAAAUCGUCAUCAACUGUAUUGGGAUGAAUUACCGGUAUUUGUUACAUUUCUAGAUUGCCCUUCCUCCCAAGGGAGCCCAGGGCAAUGCACAAUAAAAUAGGGGGUGGGGAAUAAGUAUUCUAAAUAAAACCUAGCAAUAACCAAUAUACUGUAACAUCAGCAAAACUCAGAACCAUUAAACACAAUAUACCACUAUCUUCAGCUGUAUUAAACUAACCUCAGUUUGUAAAAGUCUGCAUAAACAAAAAUAUAUUCAACUGGCAUCUAAACAUGCAAAACAAAGAUGAUGGGGGGGAGCAGCCUGGCCACGGAAGCAGAUGCUACUUCUGCCAUCCCUUUUCUUAAUUUGUCCAGAGUUUCCCAAUGCCAUACUGUGACAUACCUCCUAUUCACUACCAGUAAAGGCACCUUAGUCUCAUUUUCAGCUCAUGCAGGCACAUAAUACUAAAUAUGCAAUUAACAAAAACAGCUAUAAUGCAGUGAAUCACAUUGGUACAUAUAAAAAAUGCAAAUAGAAUUAUUAAAUUGUGUCAUAUGAGCAAGGUACUUAAAGUGCUCAGCAUCAAUACAGUGGUACGUCUGGUUAUGAACGGAAUCUGUUCCGGAGGCCCGGCUGCAUCCCGAAAACUUCGUAACUGCAGGCACCCUUCUGCGCACACGUGCAGCGCAAUUCAGCGCUUCUGCACACAUGUGCAGAAGGCUUCUGUGCAUGUGCGCAGUGAAACCCGGAAGUAUACACUUCCGAGUUUGCCACAUUCGCAACCCAAAGUUUACGUAUCCAAACGUAAGCAGAGGUACAACUGUAUAUGCAAAGCAAUAGUAAUAGUUGCAGAAAACAGAUUUAAUAACCAAAAUAAUAAAUAGUGUAAUAAACUUUUAAAUAGUGUAAUAAACUUUUAAGCUAGUAAAAACAUUUAAACCUUCAAAAGUGUACUAUACUUAUAGUCAGUGCUUUUUUUUUCUAAAAAAAAGUGUUUAUGGGUACUCUCAUUUUCCUACUCAUGUUGAAAUACUGUCCCUCAAUGAGGCCAAACUUAGAUUCACAAAAUGUUUAGGGGUCUGCAUCGCCCCAGAAAAAAGCACUGCCUGUAGUACACAACUGCAGUUUAUAAUUCACCUUAAAACUCAAGAUAUUCACAAAAUAUUUGGGUUCCUAAUUUAUGUCUCACAUAAGUUCAACCCUGCCACUCACCAGAAAGAACUGAAGUAUGUUCACUUGCACUGUCAUUGAAUGAAGCACUAUAUAGUUCGCCGAGUUCCACUAUGAGCUACUCUAGUAAACCAUCCACCAGCUUGUGGAGAAUGGGGGUGUGUGCCCUGUCCCCAUGAUGAUUCCGUAAAGGGUUAACUCCCUUUGCUGUUUCCUCAACAGGAUCAGCCCACAAGUUGCCUCCCACAGCCAGAUCAGUUUUAGUGAGCUCCACCUGGAAGGUGUUUGGUUUUAGCUUCUAAUCAGACCCAGUCUGGCUGCACUUCAUGUCAGUUUGCUGAUGAAACAGCAGCAGUUGGUGGAAAAAGCAGGUGGGCUGCAUGUUAUGGCAGUGUUGUUUUUUUUCUCUUGUCGCUGACUCACUGAUACUGUUGGAGUUCUUCUGUUCUCAUCUUGGUCAGCAAUGAACAAGACAGUUAAAACACAUUAUUUAUGCAUUCAAAGAAACGUUUUUAAACAAAGUUAACAUGAAGUGAAGAUGUUAGGCUUCAUGAAGCCAUUAUUUUUAUAGAAUAUCUCAUACUUUUGCAAAACCUAACCCAGGCUACCACCUUCAUGUAUUGUUUCCAGUAAUGUAACACAUGUUUACUAGAAGUAAGUCCUAUUGAGUUCAAGUGUUUAUACAGUGAUUGCAGCCUAAUUAAUAUACAUCAGACUAGGUUGUCAGUCUAAAUGCUAUUGUCCUCUUGUUAUUUCACAAAGAGCAGAAUUGGUGGAACCCCUAAUCAUCACACCAAAAUUGAAAAUAUUUUUCUUUUAAUUAUUUAUCUUUGUUUUAAUGUAAAUGUCAAACAGAAAAUUCAAUACUGCAAUUCAGCCUGAAAGAAAAAUAAUUUGAGCAAAUAACUAAAAAUUCAGCUUUUAUUUGAACACUAUGCUUAAUCAGAAUUUCAUAGAAUUUUAAAAUCAAGUAAUUACUAUGUUAAGGAAGUUUGAAUGCAAAGAAAUAAAACAAGACCUUUAUAUAAUUACAGCAUAUGAAGUUAACCAGUAAUUAAAAGCAAGACAUGGUUGUAAAAAUAGAUGAUAAUAAGUAAUGAAUAAAUCAUCGCUAUUUCACAGGCUGGUCCUUGGUAUAUGGUAAUUUUUUUCAGCAACUCAGCAAUGAAAUACAUUACCAUCCUUUUUAAAAACAGCUAUGGGGUCUUCCUCGUCCAUGCCCAUUGCUCUGAACUAUAUCAUACUACUGUAAUCUGAUGUGCUGUUUUCCAUCCUGGUUCUAAACACAGUUCUUGAAAAUCCAUUGUGUUCAGCAGGACUUAUUCUGUAAAACUUUGAUUAGGAUUUUGAGUUAAAAUAUCUCAGAAUGUACUGUGGAGGGGAAUUCACAAGUAGGAUUGUACUAACAAAUUUCCAUUCAUGGAUUUCUAUUGGAUCCAGAUAGUUUUGUUUACUUGUUCAUAGAAUGAGAAGAGGCACCUUAAUGCAGUCCAGCAUAGUCCUCUUCCCCACCUUCAAACACCAUUUGGCUACUGCCCUUUCUUUUUUCUCCCUGAUGUUUCUUAUCUUCUCCAAACUGCUGCAUGUAUUGAGAGGAAACUCUUCCUUUCUCAGUCCCUCUGGUAAGUGUACAGAGGUGGAAAAUCCUGCUGUUCAUUCUGUUCUUCAAACUGUACUUGGGAACUGCUGAAGGACUUUGCAAGAAGACCAGGGGCUUUCCCCCUUGGUGAGUGAGAUUGUUUGUGGAUGCCACUUUGGAUGAUACAGUAUUGGAAGCAGCAUGACAUGAACUGUUUGCUGUGGUGAUAUAUUUACCCCUACGUGUGCACACACGCACAUUCAUUCAUUCAAUCAAUCAAUCAAUCUAUGUUUUAAGAUUCCUUAAAGGCUUUUCAGGUGUCCCUCAGUGGGAGAAUAAUAAUGACAGACAAGCUUUUCUGAAGUACAGUUGCAGAAGGAGUGCUGGGUAUGCAAUAAAAUACAUUCAUGUGAAGCUACAGAGAAAGCAUGGCCACUACUCUAAAUAAGCUGAUUAUGCUAUAGGAUCCUCUGCCACGUGCAAUGCAUCUGUGUCUGACAUUCAUGGCUUAUUUGGCAGUCAGUGUUCAGUGUUCCUUGAAGGUGAAAGAUUUCAAAGCCACUAUUAUUUCUUCCUCUUAUUUUAAUAGAUCAUAAUAGUCCUUGACCUGAACUGUUUACAUUGUAACAAUGAGUUUCUUACAGGAACAGAACAAGGCAAUUCCAAUUGUAAUAAUAAACAAUGAACUUGUUGCCUGCCAGCCCAUAAUCACCAGUUCUUAGUUAGAGAAGUGAGAGAUUAUGAAGACAGCUGAAUAAUGAAGUACUUUUUAAUGAUGCACCUGUUUAAUGCUAGGAAAAUGGCAAUAUUGUGGAAUUUCUUUUUAAGGUUGUUAUAAAAACGGUAUGUUAGCAGUCUAAUAGAAGAAAUGCAGUGAACUUGACAGAUAGGACUCAAUGCAACCAAAAAUUAAGCACAUUUGAAUUCCCGUAAUUCAGUGGGAGAUUUUAAGCCAAUUAAUAGUAUGUUGAAAUCAAUGGGAAUUAAAAGUGCUUUCCUUUUGUUUGAAUCAUGCCCUUGGUUUUUAAUGUCUUUCCUUAUCUUGGCUACAGACAGGAGGAGGAAAAGAGAAAGAUGAAUAUUUAUCUCUAGCUCUACUGGCCUUAUUUGGGAAUUCUCUAGGGAUUAAAGUUCUAUUACAGGGCUUUAUUUAAGAGUCAAAUACAUUUGUGCAGUACUGGUGAUCCUUGAAAUAUGCAGGCAUGUGCCUUAGUGUCUGUGUUUAUUAUAAGUUCAAAAGUUGUUCAUACUUUUAGCACAUCUUUUGAGAAAUAUAACUCAUUGUACAUGUCACAACCAGUUUUGUCAUAUAUAUUUGCACCUUCAGAUGUUUUAAAUAUCUCCUGAUACUGUCCCCAUGUCAGCAGGAAGGAGUACAACCCAACAUGCAAGUUGUUAAAAUUAAUCAGCCAUGCUGUUUUCUGUGAAAGACAGAUUUAAAAAUAGAAUGCAAGAUUAGUAUUCUGGAUCUCUCAAUCUUUUGGGGAGGAGGUGGAUCUAUGGAGAUGUCCAAUUCUAACAAAAGGUUUUUUUUCCAAAUGAAUUGCUUCUGUGGGAAUUUUCUAGAAGCAUUCCUGUGUUGAAGAAUGCUACAUUGUAAGAAGCCACCUUAAACCAUUAAUCUGGAUGUGUUUGACUCGGUGACUUACAAGCACUUCAAUAAUUCUUGAGAUGGAAGGAGAAUGAGAUAGAAACUUUUUCUGAUAAAAAGUUUAAUUGGAAUGCAGGUUAUGUGCAAAAGUCAAUGGUCAACAUUGUUACCAUAGUUUUGGGAAUAAGAUGUUUGUGUUCUGUGCCUACAAGUUUAAGAAAACACUGGUUCCUUCUUCAGCCAGCUAGUAAAAAGCAAUCUAUUUGGGCCCACGUCAUACCUGCAUAGUAUACUCUGUGGGAAGGUGAGAAGAAUCUACCAGGAAACAAAAUUAUUUUUCUGCAGCUGCAGGGCAUAAAACAAAGUGACAUGUUACUGAGAGGCAUACAUCACUUUUAAUGCCAGUUUUUGGAAACGGCAGGCGGGGAGAGUGCCUUUGUGCUCAAGUUCUGCUUGCAGGCCUCCUAUGGGCAUCUGGUUGGCCACUGUGAGAACAGGGAUGCUGGACUAGGAAGAGCCAUUGGCCAGAUCCAACAGGGCUAUUCUUUUUAUGUUCAAUUCUAGACCAACAUUGUAAAAUGUCCUGUUUUCUGAGUAUUUUACUCUUGCUGGAGUCCCAGCUUGUUCAAGAUCCAUCUGUCAUUUCCAGCCUUGGACAAAAUGUGUUAGCAUUUCCCCAAGACAUCCCUUAGUUCCCUAUAGUGUACUAUCUCCCGUUUAUUGUUGAUAAACAGAUUUUACUUCCCUCUGGGAAUAAUCAAUUUAAAUGGUAAACCAUACAUGGAUUCCAAAGUACUCCUUCACUUGUUGCCUUUUCUUUUUGAAUAAAGGGAAGAUAACAAAGAUAACCUAUAACAAAGAAUAAGAUCUUAAAAUUGAAUAGGCUAGUUCCUCAUUAAGAUUUUUUGUUUUAGUACUGUUUCCAAAUUACUAUAUGAAUGAUUAUGAAACAUGGGGUUUUAAAAUAUGUUUUUGGAGUUGCUUGCAAUCUAGAUGGAGAAAGUUGAGCACUUAUAAAGUGUAUAUUGUAGUUUGGACUGUGGAAAUGAGGUGCAUUUUGUCUCCAGAUGUUAUUCCAGGAUCUUUGGUCAAAGGGAGGAAGUGUUCUCUUGCUCCCUGUCCCCAGCAGACUAAGAGGUAAUGAUAGCAAAUAUUGUUAUAAUAUUAAGAGGAACUGAUUGAUUGCCACAGUUAAGUUCCCAUUAUCCCAUUAUGUAUAAACUUGAAGAAGUUAGCGGUUUAGCAACUGAUUUUACUUGAUUAUGUGUUUUAGUAAAGAAUGAAAGAUACCCCACUCUCCCAAGUGGUCUGCAGAAAGUGCCAUUGUUAUGACCACCCAUUUCUUCUGCUUCUAGUCUAGAAUUAUGAGGGGUCAGCUAGUGGUCAUGGGCCUAGAUUAGCUCUGAUCUCUACAGUAGGCUAUUGGUAAUUAUUGCUCCUACAGUAGUCUUCUCUACCAGAAUGAAGAAAAGCUUGCAAGAUUUAGAACAAAUUGCUUCUAGAGUCAAUACAAAUGAAUUUAACAAACAGGAUUGUUAAUGUCCAGGCUCCCACCUUCAGACGAAAGAUGCUUGGCUGAGCAAAUCCCAAAAGCUUUAUUGAUAACAUCAGCAAACAGUAUCACCACCAAGUACAGGAUAUACAGUGCAACAGUUCUUAAGCAAAGUUCUAAGCAAAGGCAUUGUCCCAACACUUGACAUGCCCCUCCUGCUCUGCUUUUAAAGAGCAAGGCCUGACUUUUACCAGUUUAGGGCCGCAGCUAGAUUAACAACAACAACAACAACAAUAAUAAUAAUUUUUAUUUAUACCCCACCCUCCCGAGCCAAGGCCGGGCUCAGGGCGGCUAACAAGCAAUAAUAAAAAUAAGUUGAAUGAAUACAACUUAAAAACAAAAUUAAAAUACAACAUUAAAAUAUUAAAACAGUAAAAUAUUAAAAUGUAGCCUCAUCGCAGGAGGAGAAAGGAAAAGAAAAAAGAAAGAGGGGAAGGGAAUCAAAUUGGCUCCAAACCAAAGGCCAGGCGGAACAACUCUGUCUUACAGGCCCUGCGGAAAGAAAUCAGAUCCUGCAGGGCCCUGGUCUCAUGAGGCAGAGCGUUCCACCAGGCCGGAGCCAGUGUUGAAAAGGCCCUGGCUCUGGUUGAAGCUAAUCUAACUUCCUUAGGGCCCGGGACCACUAGGGUGUUGCUAUUUAUGGACCUUGAGGCUCUCCGUGGGGCAUACCGGGAGAGGCGGUCCCGUAGGUACGAGGGUCCUAGGCCAUGAAGGACUUUAAAGGUCAAAACCAGCACCUUAAAUCUGACCCUAUACUCCACCGGGAGUCAGUGCAGCUGGAAAAGCACUGGGUGAAUAUGCUCCCAUGGCAGAUGGGGAGCCUCGCUGCAGCAUUCUGCACCCGCUGGAGUUUCUGGGACAGCUUCAAGGGCAGCCCCGCGUAGAGCGAAUUACAGUAAUCAAGCCUGGAGGUGACUGUUGCAUGGAUCACUGUGGCCAGGUUGGGGCGGGAAAGGUAAGGGACCAGCCUAUGUGAUCAGAGAUUGCCUGGCCUCAGUUAUCCAUGCUCUGAUCACUUGCAGGUUAGACCAAUAUAAUGUUCUAAACCUGGGGCUACUUUUGAAUUCUGUUUGGAAACUACAGUUUGUUCAUAAAAAAAGCUGUCACAUUAUUAACGGGGACUGGGGAUUAUGAUUGCAUUAUGCUUUGCUAUACUGAAUGCACUGACUCUCACUUUAUUAUUCUUUUAGCACCAGGAAAAGUAAUUUUCAUUUUCCUGAGCUUUUAAGCAGCACUUUUAAUGAUGUUGCUUUUAUAAUGUUAUGGCUUUUAGCUGAUUUUAACUUUCAGGGGGUUUUAUAAACUGUCCUGGGAUUAUAGCUGAAUGGUGAUAUUAUAGCUAUAUAUCUAUAUCUAUGAAUGAACCAUUUGUAAGCUCCAGUGAUUUCAACAGGAGAGUUCAACAUGUUUUUCAGUGUAGAUAUAAGGUACUUAACUUUGGUAGCAUUGUGACGUGCGUUUUGAAACCCCACUUUUAGUACUGUGACACUAGUAAAACUCAAAAUAGAAAUAAUCUACUUAACCAAUAUACUGCACCUGAGUGAUCUUUAUCUCUUGGCUUGGAAAUGAAAAGGAUUAGUCUAAGUUCAAAUGUUCUCUGUUGUGGUCUACACAAGAGUAUGUAUGCACUAACCUUUUCUCUUUGCUUUUUCUGUGGUCCAAUUUGGUUUAUGGUUAUGUGGUAAGAUCUGGUAUAGCAGGGACAACAGAUGCUGCUGUGUUUAUGUUGUGCAUUCAGUCUAGUGACCAGACCUUCAGGAUUGACUCAGUGCCUGAAGCUAAUAUGUGUAUAUUGGGAGCAGAAGUAUAUAUCGUGCUAUGUUGCUUUUGUUUCACUGUACUAUUUCAGCCAAGAGGGGAGAUUUAGUGUUUGACUGUUUCUUUCUCAUAUAUAUCUCCUGAGCAUGGGGAACAAAAUCAUAGUCGGAAUAUAUCUUCUCCUUUAUAUUCUGUGUGCAGAGAAAAUGCAUUUGCCUACUGUAGCCUGAAAUAACUGAAUCCAGACAUUGAGGCUCUAUAUUUGAGGGAAAGAGGCUAGGGCCUAGGCUAUGCUAUGAGGUUGGGAUCAUCACCCUUUGAUAAGCAAUGCUGUCUUUCUUACAUAAUGAAGCAAUUUAGGCAAGGGGUAGUGAGUUCCACGAGUUGACAGUGUCCCUGGAAAAAUGAAAAGCAGCAGUAUUGGAAUAAAGUCAAUUAUGAUGAAGACAAUUCUGCUGUAGAUAUCUCCCACCCCCAUUUAUGUGUUACUAAAACUAUAUAGAACAUCUUUCCUCUUCAUUUUCAUAUGUGGCAAGUUUCACAUCCUACAGUAGCACAAUUAAUGGUUUCUGUUGUGCUUUGCAUGAAAUUAUUUAUAGAUUCAUGUGCUCUAUUUUUAGUGAGCUGGCUCCAUCUAAAUAAGCUCUAUCACUCACAGUUCAGUUAUCUGUCUUGCAGAAAAAAAGACUGAUUGCUCUAGCUUUCUUUCUAGGAGCAACUUGAUCCUACUUUUGCUACUGGGGAAGCCAGGCACUAUUCAGUGAAAUAGCAUGGUGAAAUUUGCCCAGAAGUUCCAGCAGAAGUUUGUUUCUCUUUCCUUAUUCUCAAACAUUAUGAGAUUAUCCUGGAUCCUUUCUGCAUUGCCUCUAAUCUUGGAAUUUUGCUGUGUGCGCACAUUGCAGUGGGUUAGACUAGAUUAGUCCUAGGGUCCCUUCAAACUCUUUGAUUCUAUGAUUCUGUUUAAUGCAGAGCCGGGUUCUCUCUUGCUGUUAAAAGGACUAUUUUUUAAAAAAAGUAAGAAAAACAACCAUAUUGCCCACAAGCACCUUGUGUAGAGAAGGUAGUGUUGACAUUUACCAGUGAACGUAAUUAUUUUAAUUAGUAAGCUGUAAAGUGUACUGAAGUCCCUAGGUGCUCAUACUCCCAUUUUCUUAAAAAAGAAAAAGAAAAAAAGAGAGAGAUAUGGUUUUCAUGCAUACCACAGUUCUGAGGAAUAUGUUUGCUUUGGGAUAUUGUAAGAUGUAUAUCUUACAAAUCCUUGCAAAAUGAUAUUAAGGCUAAGUAAGCACACUGGCAGCAUAAACAUCUCUUACAGUAAAGGCUGUGCUGCUGCUGGCAUCCUAACUCUUAAGUGACAUAACUAACCUAGAUAAACCUCUGAUGCAUCAAAAGACUUGCAGUUUUACUUUCACCCCACCCACUUCCCCUCAGGGAUUGCAUUUGAAAAGAGGGAAGGAGAAGGGAAGAGAAGUCUGUAUAGAAUUCUGUAUAGCAGUCAUAACUAUGUUUUAUAUUGCAGCAUUUUCUCACACACUAAUGAAAUAAUGGUGCCAAAUUAAAGGUCUUUGAGCUCAGUGAUAUUGGUGGAAGAAUUAACUAGCAUUUAAUGAUACUCUAACCAAGUUCAACUGACCUGACCAAGUUCAACCUUUAGCACAGAGUAGGGAACAUCUGGCCAGGGGACCAAAUGAGAGUAUCCAGGCCUUCUGGCCCUUGGGAUUCUUAUAUACAGGUAAAAGUCACAUCCAUUGUCUGUGGCCACACCCUUCACUGGCAUGUGGCCCCCAGAAGGUUGUCCAUGAAGGAAUGGCCCCUUGGGCUGAAAAAGGUUUAACAAGCACUAUCCUGUGUGCACAACUGGUCAACUAUAUUCUAGAACUAGGUUUUUUGCACCAGUAAUGUUAUAUCUCUGGCUAGUUCCUGAUUCCUCAAGAAUGAACAAUUUAGCCCCCUUCCCUAGUAUAUUUAAUCUUUUUGAACCUUCUCCUGGUCCAAGUACCUUGCUCUAAAUGAGGGUCAAACUUGAUGUGAUAUUACAGCCAAAGUGCAUAUGCUGUGUAGUGUAAACAGCACUUGCUGAGCGGAGCCUGGGCUGGUUUGGGAUUGUGGAGACUUGGAGAGUGAGGAGAGAGUGUUUAAGCCACUGCUGCCAAGUACCUAAUACAAAGUGUGCACAUUGAUUCCUUUCACACAGUUAAUGUCACAUCUGGUUUGGCCCUAAGCUAAAGCAUGUGUAACUGAAGUAAUCACACAUUCUUCCCAUUUACCAUUCCCUCUCUUUUCCCCUGGUUCCUCUGAUGUUUCCCUUCUGUCUUUCUUCUAAGGUAGAGACCAGUCAAACCUGUCUUUAUAAAGCUCUGUGUAUAUAGACGGUACAAUAUAAAUAAUAAAAAGAAAAAUAAGGCCUACCCCUUUAGGGAAGAUCACAGGAGCAUCUCAUGGACUUGUAUUGUCCCCCCGUCUGGCCAUCUGCCUGCCUGGCACGUGCGCUCUCUCUCUCUCUCUCUUCCUUUUUCCUUUCUUUUUUUUAAAAACAUAAUUUUUAUUAACAGGCCAAUCAUAUCACAUUAUUUCAAAUCACAUUAAUUCCAAAUUAUACAGCCAAAUUUUUCAAUUUUGUUGGGGGUACCCAUACAUCAAGCUCCGGACGAGAAUCCAAACAUCAUUUCUAUUACUGCUUUAAUUAAACAGUUCUAUCCAGUGCUAUCCAGAUAGUCUCUUUUUUACUUUCUUCAUCUUCUUGUUGUUGUCAUAUAUUCCUUUCUUUGCGAUCUCUGAUAAUCUUCACAGGCAUGUUCUCUUCCUUUUUCCUUUCUUCAUCUUUCUUUCUUACAAAGGCAUUUCUUUUUCACUUUCAGUUUGGAAGCUAGCAAUAUUUAUUGUUUAGGUCACCAGUGCUGGGGUUUGGGUUUUGAUUUUGUUUUUUUUUGCAAACCAUAACUGAGUUCUAACCAUGGUUGCAAAUUUUGGGUGUUAAGAAUAGUUUAAAAGUAAGUUGUGGCCACAAUAAAUUUUGUUUCCCUUUAAGAAGCAACAUAAUUGUGCCCAUGGUACCCCCCUGGCUGAAAGCUGUUGACAAAUAUCACAACUAUGUGAUUGGUUGUUCUGUGGCGAUUCGGUCAGCUUUUUUUCAGACCACCUCCUAUGGCAGGCUUAGGGGCUGCAUAUCCAUUUGUGGAUUACCUUAUUCAGCAUUAAUGUAUCUGAGUUAAUUGUUUCUCAGUGAAUCUCAGUGAUCAUCAGUUCUUCAUCGUAAAAGCAAACCAUAUUGUAGUUAUUAAAAUAAAAAUACAUUCCGUUCAUAUGAAUGUGUUCUACCUUGCUCCUGAAACAUAACUUGGAACUGAAGUCUCAAUAAUUUCAAGAGAAUUUAUUUCUGUGUAAAGCCACAUGUUUGUCUGAGGGGUGUGUGUGCUUAAAAUGUGCAUUAGAAGAAGUCUAGGGCCAACAUGCCUCUCUGUUCCAUGUGUGUCUGACUCAACUCACCCCUAAAAAAAUGGGAGUUUAGGGUUUGGAAGCUACUGUAACAUGCACCCUUCCCCUUACCCCCUCAUUCUCAGUACUAGCUAUGUAUAACUGCUGCUAGACCUUGUUAAAGUAAGCCUAGCUAUUCUAAAUUGGCUUCCUCUAUCUGUAAUCUAUUUAUUUCAGUAGAAAGGAAACAUUGUUUUGUUAAGUAGCAAAAGUGUAAGGAGAGAUUUGGCUAUUACUGUUUCCGAUACAAAAUGUAAACAUUGCUUGUUUUGUGUCUUAUUGUAUUCCAGACCAGUCUUUCCAUAUGGGGAUGGGGAAGCCUUGGCGUCGUGCUUUUUCUAAUAACAUUUGGACCAUUCGCUAUAUUUUACUUUGCAUUUUAUAUUCUCUGCUUCGUGGGUGGGUAAGUAUGCUAUUUUGUGUGUGUUUGAUAUAUGUAAAGAAAGCAUUGUACUUAAGAACGAUGUAGUGUAAUUAGAACUAUUUUGAUAAAUAUGUUCCCUUUAAGAAGGAUCAAACAAAAAGAGAUUAUAGUCAGCAAGACAAGUUACUUAAAUAGGUCCCCAGCUUCAUGAUGUCUGCAAAGAUGGAACAUUGAUAAAGAACCUUGUUAUUAUUAUUCAUCUGUUUGGCAGUAUUAUUCAUCCUUUCUGCUUCUUUUCAAGAUAAUCAAGCAUAUUUAAGUAAAUUACUUCACUGUACCUGCACGUUUUUUGAUAGCACAUUGUUAUACCCAUUAUGAGAUAAAAUUCAACCAGACCUUGACUGUAUGGAGGCCUCAAUUGAAGAGUUCAGUCAAGGACAAAUUAACUAUUAUGAAAAUGUACAACCCAUAUUCACCCAAGGCUUACUUCAAGACAGGUUAAAGUGAAAUCACUUUAAAUGCAUAAAUAAUUUCUCUGUUUUAUUUUCAUCUGUUCCUAUAAACCCAUUUCUUUCUGUGAAUGCUGCAACUCAACUUAGGGCUUAUCCACACUUCCAUUCCUUCCAGGCACAGUCUUCACUUAAAAGCUCUGUAUCCAAGCGCCCUUUUUGUUGUUGCUGCUGCUCCAGGGCUUUGUCUGCAAAAUCCAUUUUUUAAAUUCAGUCGGAGCAAAUGUCAAUCUGCAGAAAACCCAAAUUGAUGUUUGCUCCAAUUGAGCUCUAAAGAGCAGGUUUUCACAGGGAAAACUCCAGGCCGGGGGGGGGGGGGCUGCUUUAGAGCUUUUAAGCACAGAGGUGUGCCUGGAAAGAGAGGAGCAAAACGUAAAUGUGAAAAACUUAUCAUAAGUUAAUACCAUAUUGUAUUAACUUUUGCUAUGGAUGAAUUGGUAAAUUCACAAGAAUGAAGUUAAUUCAAAGAUGUUAAGCAGGAUUUGUGUUCCAAAAAAUAAGUUUGUUUAAUACAAAUAUUUUUGCAGUAUUUAAACAACAUUCAUUUAGCACUGAGUAGGUGGAGGCUUGGGGAACAAGUUUUGGCUAUUUUUUUAUUUAGAAAGUUAGUAGAUUAUCUCACUGUUUGAAACUUACAAUAUAGUUUCAUUCUUCUAGGGGCUUUGUGGUAACACUCUUGUUUGGGAAAAACAACUCAGAGACGUACCUUGAACGGUGUGAACACUCCUAUCUUCCUCCAACAUCGUUUGGUAUUACUAAGGUAAGCAAAAUAUACUGGCAUUAUUUUUCUCAAUUUAUUCUCCGCAAGUCAAACUUUAUUGUGCUCAUGCUAUCUGCCACAUUUCCUUUUCAAGUUAGCAACCAAAGAAAAGGUAUUAUAGGCAAUUUAAAGAACACCCCCCAACCUUUGUUAUUAAACAACUUCUGCUGAUGGUUGAUAUAUCAAUUUUGGUUAUACUGAAAAGGAAGUCAUAAAUAAAGUAAGAAUCAUGAAGUACUUUAUAAACAGAAUAACAUGAUGAUGUGUGUGAACUCCCAAAUGACCUUUUCUCUCAUGUGAUUUCUCUCUGAAACGUCAACAAGAUGAUGCAUGAAAUGUGUGAUAGCAUUUCUGUCAGGGUAGAUCAGGUUUGGGACUGUGGGGCAUGUAGAGAGGAGUUUAGUGCUUUAUUUCAAUCUGGUCUAAUCCAGAUUGGAGAGCAGUACAGCUGCUAUUUUUAAAGCAACGAACAAACCCAGAUACAUUAAAUGCAGGAUUACAUCUUGCAUAUCACUUAGUUUAGCUUUCUCUCUUUUUCUAAUAUUGUAUUUUAUGUAUAUUUUCUGCAAAUUAGCCCUAAAGUGGUUUUUUUUAAGUUGAUACAUCUGCUUCUUCAGCUGACUUAAUUGGACUUUCAUAGUCUUAGACUGAAAAGCGAAGUAAAGCUUGUGCUUGUAGCACAUGCGGGAAGCUUGCCGCCUUUGGUUUAGAUUCUAAGUUGCUAAGAUAGACAAGGUAUGAACAACGAAGCUGUCUUUAGUGGCUUAACUAGAAGCUGUUGCCUAAAACUUAAUCUUGAAUGUCGGGUCCUCCUGCAGUUUAAUUAAAAUCUGCUUAGAUAUAUAUCUGUUUUUGUUUCUGUCUGAAUGUAUUGGUGAAAACUAUACUACAUUAAUGCACUGUUUAACACUGGAGCUGCUACAAGCUCUGUAAUCUCAGUGGAUUUUGAUCAUGGCUAUUCUUAACAGCACUUCCAUGUGGUUUUUAUAUAUGGUAUCCUCACACAAAGGGUUGCUGAUAGACAAAGCAGAAGUACAAAAUCCAGUAGGUGUGUCCUUUGCUGAAUCCUUUUUGCAUUGUAAACCAUAAGCAUGUGGCAGAAUUUAAUUUUGUUAUGAAUUGACUUAAGUGUCCAUUCUCUCCCAAAGUGCAUAGAAGAAAUGAAACAGGAAAGCAAGCCUAUUAAGAUUGAUAGGAGGUUGACUGGAGCCUAUAUAAUUGAUGAACCUUUGCAACAAGUAAGUUUUGAAAAAUAAUUUAAUUGUAAAUCAGACUGUAGCCAUGAUAUUCUGUGACAUUUGCUAUAGUAAGAUUUUUUUGUGGGAUGCUGAAAUAGGAGAACUUUCAAGCUAGUAUAUAUUGAGUACACAUAUGUUCUUAUUCCUUGUCUCCUUGGGGCUGAAAUAAUGAGCAUACUGGGCUGUAUCACAUUUAUUUGAAUAUGGUAUGUCUCUGACCAUUUUAGACUUCACAUUAUUUCUGGUGAUAGAUCAGGUAGAAAUCAUGUCCUAAAUGUGGUUAGCGCCUUUUGAAGCGGCUUGGACUUUCUGGCUGUUAUCCCAAGGAACGGAAGGACUUAUUAGUGUUUUCAUUGGAUCACUUCUGUCUCAUAUAUUUAUUGACAUAUGUGUUGAAGUUGUAGAUAGCCAAUACAACACGUUUCCCCCAUAAGUACAUGAGUAUAACCUGAAGGUGCCUAAAGCUAUCAUCUUCCUGUAGCUAAGGAGGUCUGUUUCUGGCCAGCCCCUGAAUCGGUGUCUGCCAGAUACCACAUGGAGCCCAAGGUGGCAUGCAAGAUGGAAGAAAACUGGGUUUAAAAUGUAAGAGAAUAAACUGGCUAAAUAAUACCUUGUCCGGAUUGUUUUUGCAUUCCUUGUUGUGGGUCCACUUCAAAAGGUCUUACUAAAAGAGCUGGUUUACAUGUAAUGCUAAACUAUGGUCUGAAGCAGUUGUUAUUUGCUAAACAAGCCAACUAUAAAAUAUGUAUGGUUUAUAGUCAGUCAUUCUACAUGCUUAGAUUAUGCUCUGAAUUAUCACCAGCUAGACUUUGGUUGUUCUGGUUGAAGUGGAGGGUAGGGGGAAGGGGCGGAUGAUGAUUACUGUUUACUUAUGGUCUUUGCCCCAGACAUGGUUAAUGUAUGUAACCAGAAACAGAUAGCACAGAACUAGCGCAGAACUGCAGAAGCAUCAAGCAAGAUCUAGAAUUGAAUUGUGGUUUCCUCAAUUAAGGAAUGUAUAUCACUACUCUUGCUUGCUCCCUGGUUUUUAGAACUUGAAAAAUUAAAGUCUUUCUGACACUGUAUUAUAUUUACAUUAUAUUUAAUGUAAAUUCAUACUUUGAAAGGACAUGUGCUGCACCCUUGAAGAAAUGCACUUGUGGAUGUAAAGGAGGACAUAAAUAUUUAAUAAAUGGUUCCCCACCCCCUCCAAAAAGAGUCAAAUGCUCUAUGAAUUUUGAGCAGAACUCUUUAUCAGGGCUAAAAUAUAUGUUAACCAUUCCAAUCAAUUAUAAAAUGCAGUGAUAGGAACAGGCAUGGAUUUUUAAUUUGCACACUCCCUACUCUGCUUAUCCCUUCUCCAUUUAUGAGGGGAGGGGAUUAGAAGCUUCCAUUACUUUUUUUUUUUUUGCAGCAAACCACAGUUUGCUCUUUAAUCCAAACUCAACAAACUAUGGUUAAAGAAAACUAAGAUCCCAGACCAAGCUGUAAACUAUAAUUUGCUGCAAACAGAUAUGGAGAUUUCUAAUCUCAUUUAUUUCCACUUUAAGUAAGAGAAGGAAAGAGGACAUGUAUGCAAGGCUUGCCCUGGGUCAUACUCAAAAUGCAAAAUAGUUUUGCUGGUUUUUCCAAAGCCUUUCAAAGCUUGCAAGCAGCAUGAUUACUGAGGGAAAAAUACUUUUGUACUUUUUGUACUCAUUAGCUAAGGGGAAACUUCUGUAUAGUGUGUGGGGGGGUAGUUUGUAUGUUUUUGUAGGGGGGUGGUAAAUUUCCCUUAGCACUGGGUGGAUUUCAUGACCUGGUGUCUUUGAGUCCUUGACAUCAUUCCUAGACAAAUACUGAGAUUAGUUUGGAUAUCUGGAGAUUUAAAGCGUAAUUUACUGUUUGCUGUUUUGUCUUAACAUUUCAAGCUUUGAUCCCCCCCCCCCGUAUUAUUCUCUACUGUUGCAAAAUACAUAAGGCGUUUAAGCUCUCAUUAACAACAGCAAGCUUUCAUAUAUUGUUGUUGUUAAUGAGAACAUAACCCCUUUAUGUAAGUGCUUAAUUCUAAGAUUUGUGGAAUUAAAAUCAAAAGCAAAGUAAGCCUUGUGGUGCUAUUUGUAAGAUUUGGAAAACACUAUUGAUGGCAGUUUUACAUCAUAGGUACCUGUGGCCACAGUUCACUGUAGGUUUGAGGAAAGGAAUUGUGAAGUUUGCCAUGAUUAAAAAUCCACUGACUGCUACUUUAGUCAGAAAAAGUUUUUCAGUAUUCUCAUGUAACAGAGAUGUAGAAUAAACUAGACAUUUAGGGAGUGGACUUGUGAAAUCAUGCAACACAUGUUCCUUCUCUCUCCUGCACAAACAUUCCUUCUCCCUUGAUGUACUCUACCAAGAGUCGCUGUAUAAAUGCAACUGUAACCAACCUGAUUUUAAGUAAAUCAAGAUAAGGGCAAAAAAACCCUCACUCUGAUAAGCCUAAUUAAGGUCUGAGCCUUUAUUUAAGCAAGUGGCUAUGAUCCAGAACACGAAAGGUAAAGUACUCUUGAGCCAAUGUGUUCAGUGACCAGCAGCAGGAGAGCUUUGCAGUGUGCUUGUGAUCAUGAGCACACCCAGAAUUGCGAUUCAUGUUAGUGUUCCGAAUUUCUCACAUUCUGAAUGACAAUUGUGUCGCACAAUUAUGGUUUCAUUUGCAUGUUAUGAUGAACCACAGUUGAUAAGUUAUUGUAAUGACACCUAAGAUGGGGCUUUUGGUUCUAACUGCUUGUUCAUCGAGGGUUGUUUUGCUCCUAACCCUCUAUGGUCAGCAACCCAAAAACAAACCUUGGCUACAGAUUGAGGUUUGCUAGGAGCAAAGCAAACCAUUCAGAUAUAAUGCUAAGCCAAGGAUCAUAGUUCUUUUUCUCCAAAUGCUAGCAGGAAGGAGGGAAACACACCACAAAGUUGCGUGAACUUUGGUUUACUGUGUUGUGUGAACCAGGCCAGCAUCACAACUUUAGCCCUUAUAAGCAUUAUUUGUUUAGCACAAUUUUCAGAUAAUGUAGAAACAAUUACACACAUGAAUGUUUUAAUACUUUGUUUAUCUAAUUUUAUACAAUUUUAGGUUAUCCAGUUUUCCUUGCGUGACUAUGUCCAGUAUUGGUAUUACACACUAAGUGACGAUGAAUCUUUUCUUCUUGAAAUCAGGCAAGCUCUCCAAAAUGCACUAAUUCAGUUUUCUUCUAGGUAAGAAUUCCUUUUGUUUUUCAAACAAAUCACAAAAGCUUUCCCUAAAAUUAUCCCAGUAGCUUACAAAAGUAGAUUAAAAAUGGUUCAUAAUUCUUCCUUGCAAUAUAUUAGUAAGUUGCAUGCAAUAAAAACAGAUGGUAUCACAAAAGAUUCCACACAUAUAUCAUGUUUUGUGAGUUUGUGUUACAGCUGCUUGCUUACAAGGACAACUUGGCUUUUUUAAAGAGGGGAAUAUUUCAUAGGUUCCGACCUAGAAUCAUAGAAUUGAGGAAUAGGAGGGGAGCACAAAGGUUGUCUAGUCUCACCCUCUGCAGUGCAGGAAUAUUUUACCCAACAUGGGGCUUGAACUCAAAACCCUGAGAGUUUCAUGCUCUACCAACUGAGCUAUCCCUGGAUGCAUACAAGUAAUUGACAUUUCAUAUGAUGAUCAACAACCUUUGGAAACUUGCCUAUAUCAAAUGGUAGGAGAAACUUACUUUGUUGUUUCAGUUUACUGAUCAAAGAAACCACUUUUUCAUCUCAUAAUGAGAAAGUAUUUAAGUGGCAAUAAGGUGCUGUGUAACUUGUGAAAUUCAGCCAAAUAUUAUCAUCUUUUUACUGUGAAAUAUGACCCUUCAUAUCCUGGAAGUUGUUAACAUUACUCACUUCUGCUCACUGAAAUAUAAUAAGUGGUUUCACUGCUUGUUCUCACAAGCAGGAAGAAGCUGGACAUCUUUUUCCAGCUCAUAUUUUCAGCAUUUAUUAAAAAUGUAAAGAUAGGUUGGAGCCACAGUAGGUUAGUUGUACUUAGUUCUCAUUGAAAUAAAUGUGAAUCAUUUGUCAUGAUUUAAAUCCUUUUGGUUUCAGUAGGAGUGUAACUAGAUUAAUCUGCUCCUAACCCAAUAUCAAACUUCCUUGAUCUCCCUUUAGGCAUUAAAUCCAAGUUUCUUUAGGUGGGAGUUUUUAUUUAGAUCCAGUACAUCUUCAGAUACUUUAUUUCACAUAACUGUAUACAUUUUAUUGUGUUACACAAAACAGUUUUAACAUAAUAACCUUCUGUUGUUGAAUGGUUAGAUUGUUCACCAGGUGUUACUAAUACUUACAGAUCAUUAUGUCAUACAUUUGGGAUUGGUUUUUGUUUUGUUUUGUCUCUCUGGAAUAGGGAUGGUUCCAGGAAAAAAAAAUUGGGCCAGUUUGUCAUGGGAUAGGACAAAGUUCCAUUCCAUGCUGUUUCUGCAUGGGUUUUCAAAGACAAAACUAUAUGUUUCCUUUAAAAUACAGAAGUUUAUGAAAUAAAAAUUUAGAAAAGAACACGAAGUGGUCCAAGGGCUGCAUCUCUGUCAUAUUUCAAUGUAUUUAAAAAGUAAUUCCAGAUGCUUAUGAGUUGCUUGAUUAUAUGUGAGAUUUCUGCCAUCACAUGCAUUCAAAUUAUUGCAGCAAGUCUUUCUGAGAGUGAUAGGUCUGGAUGACAUGCUGUUGCCCUUAAAGGAAUUUUAAUGUACAUUUUACAUAUUUAUGAGUAAUUGGACAUCACCUUAGUUUUAGGGGCAAUUGAGUAUAAAAUGCAUGAAAUGUAUGCAAGGUUUCCUUGAGAGUAACAUCACACCAUCAAGACCUGGUGACGUUUGCUAUUUUGAUUUCUACAUGUGAUGGCUAGAGACCAGCACACUUUGUAGUGGCUGAAAUAACUUAUGAAAGAAACAGAUAGGCAAAGUUCAAACCACUUUACAUACAAAUCUGUAAGAGAAUGGGAAUUCAGCAAAGCACAGUUUUGGAGCAAGCCCGUGCUCUGAUCUCUGCAUUGAUCCUCCUGGCCAAUUCGAUCAAAGGUGUCUACUUUAGGAUCACAGCUUUCUAGAUUCCUUCCUCCCUCAUCCAUGUGCUUGAGAGGUCUUGAACAGCAUUUUUAUGUAAGGUUGCCACCUACUGUUGUAUUCUACUAUGUGCAACUUAAGUACUGGAAAGAAUUGUUAUUACUUGAAUUCAUUUUUUGUAACCAACAACAUGCUAAUAUUACAUGCUAAUCAUAAUUCCUCUCUCCUAAAACAGUUCACUGUAAAACAAAACAAAACAGACAAAACCCCCUCUCCAAACAAACUUUAAGCUACUAGGGAAGUAAAGACACUUUUGAGAACAAUGUAGUUUACUGUUGAGAAAACAUGUUUAGCAUUGCAUUGUCUGUCUGCUUUAUAACGUUAUGUCUAUGUAGUAUUUCUUUAUUUUGAAAGGUCAAAAGAAGUAGAUUGGCAGCCUUAUUUUACCACCCGGCUCGUAGAUGACUUUACCACUCAUCUAAGAGUAUUCAGAAAAGCUCAGCAAAGGAUAACAGAGAAAGAGGAUCAGAUUAAGGGUAAUGCCUACAACUUUCAUAUGUUGUUUUAAAAUUUGUAAUUAAUUGAGUUGUGUAAAAGGUAGCCUACAGCUAUUUCUCAAUGCAUUCACCUGUUGCUAUCUUACGGAUAAGAGUUUAGUGUGUGUAUUAUCUUCUUUUACUGUGGUUUUAAUUGCCAUAAGUGCCUUAGUUUGACAUUAAAUACGUAUCUACUAGUGAUAAAUAAAUAUCAGGUUUAAACAUUAUGGGUUCCGUUGUUUGACACAAGAGUGCAAGUUGUCUCCACUCAUAUUCCUCCUGAUUUCCUAUUCUCCUGCUCCCCAGGAAGGGUUUUUCAGGGAGGCAAAGGGAACAGGAAAUUAUCUUUGUGGGGGCACAGUAUUGUAUGCCAGCCCUCUUCUGUCUUGACAGAAGUCAUUGGGCAAGAUAGAUGCUCCUCCGCAGUAGAAGCUUUCUUUUCUCUGUCUAGAUAAAUGUAUUCUGACUGGUAGCUAACAUAAGUCUGCUUGAAAAGGCAGAUUAGGUGAUUCACUGGUUUUGGAUGCGAUUGAUUUGGUCUUCUGGUGAUUUUCCCAAUUGAAAGAACUAAGUACUUAAACUGGAAACUUAUGGUAUCAGAAAUACAAAUUACAGUACAGCCUGUACUCUAAUGGUUGACAGAGCAGUUGCUUCCUGUCACACAGACUUCCAUUUUCAAGGAAAGCAGUUGUGAUUAUUCUUUUUGUAUGCUACCAAACACAAGGACCAGAGUCCCUGCUGUGGCCAUUUCCUGGCUUGGAACUCUUGACUUCUGUUUUGACUGUAGUGGAAGUGCACACAAUGUAGUCACUGAACUGAGCUUUAAGAUUUUCCUCAUUGUGAAAUACAUAUCCUGUCACACAUGAGAAAAGAAAAUUAAAUUGCCAAGCAGAAUUAUAUUUAAAUAGUUAAGAAGUUUCUCAUAGAGGUUCAUUUGGAAAAAGAAUCUCAGUGCAGCUGAUGUGCUCAAAUUUUCCAAUUCUAUUUAGAUGGGGCAGAAGACCUUGUAAAUACAUUUUUUGAAGUUGAAGUUGAAACGGAAAAGAGAGUCUGUCGUGAUCUCGUCUGCACAUCUCCCAAAGAUGAAGAAGGUUUUUUCCCUUGCUUUCUUCAGUUACGUUGUGACUAAAUUAGAGCAGCAACCAGUCUCCUAGAAAUAAACUGAGAUUUCUAAGUGGAUCAUUGUUAAUCCCUCAUAUUCAAUUAAGUGUACUUCUGCUGCAUAGUUUUGACAUUGAAUUUUGUUAUUAAUUAGUAGUAGGAAUAAUAUAUUUGUAACAGAAAAAUAAGAUGCUUUUCUAUUAGUUUAGAAGUGAGACUUGUGGCUGUACAUUAUAUAGUGCAACCUAAUAUUGUAUUCCUAGAAAAUUAUUACCAAGAAGUGAUUUUCUGGAUUAUUGCCAUAGAAAAUGUGGUGGUGGCAUUUAUUGUAGUAUAUAAUGAUUUCUAUUAUUGCUUAAAAUAUUUGAAAGGAAUAUGUUUAACACAAUAUUAGAUUUUGUUAUCCACUGUUUUCUUUUAUAUCUUGUACCUUUAGGAUUCCUAAGGGAUCUGUGUGAAGUUUUACUGUAUUUAUUGCUACCUCCUGGAGACUUCCAGAACAAGAUCAUGAGAUAUUUUGUCAGGGUAAAUUUAGUUUCCUACCCUACUCCAGGAGUGUCCAAUACUCCUUAGCCUAGGAACUGCAUGAUGUUUAUAUAAUCAGGCACCAUAAGAUUUUUAUAUCUAGAUCUGUCUGGUAAUUAAAGCUUUUGCAAUUCUCUGUUUAAUUUCAGUCAAUCUGUUUUUAAGGUAUAAAUUACUUAGGUUGCUAUCCUGUAUCUACUUAAAUCAUUUCUGAGACUCACUUCUGAGUAGGCCAUAUAGUGUUGCUCUGUGAAAUAUGAAUGUGGAGCGUGAAACAACUAAAAAUGAAAUGGCGUGAUUAAAAAGACCAUUAAAAAUGAAAUGGCAUGAUUCAGUCCACCACUGGGUACCCAAGCAAGAAAGGUUCCCUCAACUAAAGCCCAGUUUCCUCCUUGCCACCACUACCACCAGACAUGUAUACUCACCACUUGUAUAUGCUCAUGUUCACUGACAGUGUGUUUGCUGUUAAGGGAUGGCCAGCCUGUCAUGUCCAAGAGGAAGCUAGAUGAAGUUAUUACUACUUAUGUUGCCUUCCCAUAUGUAUUCUAAUACAUAUGGGAAGGGCAUUUGGACAUAUGGGUGGAGCUGCUUCACUCAUGGUGAGCUAGAUCAUGCCUGUUAUACAAAGGGUGCAUACAGUAUUGUACCUUUCAGAGGAGCAGAAGAAAGAGGAUAUUUUAAGAGAGAAAUAACUUCUAAUUCCAAACAGUCAGUUAACUCUAAAUAUAGAAGAGUAAAAGAAGAAGAAAAGGCAAGCCUGAAAAUAGUACUGAAAAGCUUUAACAGAAUAUUAAUUGGCCCAGUAGACUGUGAAAACCUUCCUUGGGCACUGAAUGAACCAUCAUAAUUUAAACAAUGUUUUUUAACAAUGCAACAUGUAUAUGGUAUUCAUAGUCAUUAGUCAUUAAACCUAUGUUAAAAAGUAAGCAAAUUAAUAAAAUUAAUCUGCAAAUUAAUUACAUGUGCAUUCAGCAAACCACAUAAGAACUGCUGUAUGGUAAUAUUUUUAAAUUACUAUAAUCCUUGAUCAAAAUAAGUUCCAUUGAAUUAAUGUUUCUUAACUUCUGAAUAGACAUGUAUAGAAUUGCACCAUUUUAAUUUAUUUACGUAUAUAGAGCAAUUUACAAUUAUAACAUUGGCUUUGCACUGGGUAACUAUAGUCUUAAUGAAAAACAAGUGCAUAAGAAAUGGCUGAGCUUAAUUUGUUUUGUGAUUAGUACAGGUGAAGGGCUACCUUUACUAAGACACACUCUAUGUUUUAUAGGUUUUAGAAAUUUUAAAAAUGGUCUGUCUGACUAUAAUACGUAAUUUUAUAUAACAUACAAUAUGACUAUGAACAACUUUGCAUUCUUUGAAUUAUGGUUUGUCAUUUCGUUUCCCCUGAGGAAGGUUGCUGCUGAAAUGCAUUCAGCAAUUUAUUAUUUUAUUAGAGUUUCUUACACUUUUCAGUACUAUUUUCAACCUUGCCUCUUUAUUCUUUUCCCGCUCCCUCGUGUUUGAAUACAGAUCAGAAAGGAAUUCCAUCUUUAACUUACAUAUUUAAUUAUGUUUUGACUUGAAGAUGGAGCUGGAAUUGUGGUGGCAAGCCUUUCAAGAUGCCUAAGCCCUAGAGUUCUUGCUUGUCAGUCACAUCAUAAAUUGGGGGAGGAAGGAAUUUAUAUUGGUUGGUAGGUUGCACUGGAGAAUCAGUCAGAAGGCUCUGCAAAUAUUGGUUUAUUUGAGAACCUUUCUCCCCGUGCUAUAGAGGGAGGUUGCAUCUUCUAUUGCAUCCCAUUAAGUGCAAAGCAGAACUUGCUAAUAAGACUAGGAUUCUCCAGCCCUGCAGAGUCGCCAGCUAUGACAAUUAAACCCUUAUCUCCUGUUUGAGCAGCUCAGCUGCUUCUUACCCCUGACAAGACAUUUGUAAGAUUACAUUGCUAAACAUGAGCCCUUUUGCGAUUGCAAUAAGGCAGAGAACAAGGCUGUGCCUGUUGCCCCGUUACCAUCAGCAAUGCUUCCCCUUCUCCCUUCCCUAUCUAUGUGUUGAGAUGUCUGCAGUAGAAAAGCCUGCUGAACACAUGUAGGCACUCCAUGUGAUCAUUGAGCAUUCCAGAUCAUGAUGAGCUUCUGCAUGCCUUCAGCAGGAUUCACCUUUCUUUACUAAUAUUUGGAUAGUGGAGCAGGGGUGGGUGGGUUGCUGCUGGGUUGAUGGAGUCGGGAUGGAACUGACACAGCCCUGUUCUCUCUCUCUCUCUGUGUGUGUGUCUUUCUGUCUCUCCUUGCCCUCCACCCCCAUUAUUAUGAUUGCAUGGAGUAAAAGGAGCUUGGCCUUACUGGCAUUCUCUGAAUCAAGGAAGAUGAGCCUGCUCUAGUUGGGUGCUUUUAUGUCAGUUUGAGUUUGAAUAUAAAUACAGUAGAACCUUGGAAGCCAAACACCUUUGAACUCGAACGUUUCGGCUCCCAAACGAUUGAAAACCAGAAGUGAUUCUUCCAGUUUUCAAACGAUUUCCGGAAGCCAAACGUCCGGCGUAGCUUCCGAUUGGCCACAGGACACUCCUGCAACCAAUUGGAAGCCGCACCUUGGUUUUCGAAUGGAUUAAACUUGAAAACCAAGGUAUGACAGUAUAGGUUUACGAAUCUGCCUCUUUGAAGCUGACAAGGCUUCAAAAAGUGGCUUUCUGGAAAUUUUUUUUAAUAGAAAAAGUUGACAGAGAAUUUUAUUUCUUGUUUAACUUUCUUUUUAUUCGGCUUGUUUUGCGUUAGUUUUUGUUUUAGUUGAGGUCUGGCCAAUUUAUUGUUCCUUAUUUUUCAGGAAAUCCUUGCUCGAGGAAUUCUUCUUCCAUUAAUAAAUCAGCUCAGUGAUCCUGAUUAUAUUAAUCAGUAUUUCAUAUGGAUGGUAAGCUUUUUACACUUGAACAGUAUCUUUAGAAUGUUUGUCUACGCACAUGGGGCUGGUUUACAUGUCACUUCAAAGCACAGUUAAGCUAAACUAGGAAUUAAAGCUGCAUGCAAAGCUUGAUGAUGAUACACCCACUUUGCUUCUCCAUUCCUGGCACACUGCAAGGAGCUGAGCAAUGGUUGGGCUUAAUGCUUGUAGUCUGUCCCACUCAACCCCCACUCCCCAACUUACAAUUAGGGUUUGUUGUUAGUUUACCUCACAUGGUUUGUCUGGGGAAGAUAAACCAUGUGCCUAGGUUUGGACGUAACGCUAAUCUCAACCAUGAUGUAGCUAUUAGCAGGGUUGUAGCAGCUGCAGUCUUUGCUCAAUACAGCAUCAUACUGUGUGUUCACCUGUAAAACAUAGUUAAGCAUAACUGGUUAAAAUUGAGAUGAGACCCAAGCCAUUAUGUUCUCACUUUUUAAUAUACUUAAAUAACAACAGAUAUAUUGUAGAAGUUGACAGUGCAAUCAUUUAAAAGAACACCCAGUGCUGUUAAUCUCUUUCAAGGUAAUACUUCCUAAUUUUUUGAAGCAGCAUUAGUAGGAGUGGAACAUAGCUUGAAAUUAGGAGAAUUGUUCGAUUUUAAUAACAGGAGAGUGAAGAUUGGGUUGUGAAAGUUAUUGCUUAGAAGGUCCAAUAUGAAGAUUUAACGAACACCCAGUUGAGGGGAACUUAAAAAGGAAGGUUGGACUGUAAUGCAUUGAAAGGAACUAUGUCUUGAUAUAUCAGUCUAGCCUGCUUGAGAAACAGUAGAUUAACAUGUAUUAUCUUUUUCCAUGUUCAUUAGAUUCGUGAUUCAAUUUGCAACUAUGAGGCCUUUAUGAACAUUAUUAAAGUAAGUGACAAAGUAGGGGAGUUGGAAGCAGUAAGGGAUAAAGCAGCAGAAGAACUACAGUAUCUUCGAUCUUUAGAUACAGCUGGAGAUGGUUAGUAUUUAAAUUACAUUUGCAAAUUAAAGCAUCAAUAACAUACUACUUGGUUUAAAUAUGUAAAGGACUGAGAAUUCUUAGUUUGAGAGCUGAAGCAUGGAGGAAAAACCAUAUUUGCGAGUGUGUUUUCAUAAAAUGUAAUCUCCCCCCCCCCCUUUUGAAUGGCUAGGCAAACACUGAGCUAAAUAGGGUGACUUUUGAUAACAUUUGUUCUUUUAAGAGGUGUACUGGAUUAGAAGGCACAGACAAGGAAUGCAAAAGCAUCUUUUUUUGUUUGGUGUAAUUCUUACCAUGCUAGAAAUGAUGAGGACACUUUGGUAGCAUUUAUUUACCUAAAAUCAUUGCCUUGUUUUCUCUGCAACAACCUAUGCAGUAGGCUACUUGUAUUACCAUAGGGUAACUAAGGUUGCUGGUGAUCUGCAGAAAGCUAUGCAUUAAGUUCAUAGAUGAACAGGUUUUUGAACCUUACUCAGUUCCAAGACUCCACUUUUAAAUGGACCACAGAAGAUAGAUAGUGGAUUUCCUAAUCGGAGGGAUGGGAUGGAAUUUCAGAAUAAUGGUUUUCCAAGUCAGGAACUUUUGUCUAUCUAGAAGCUAUAUCUAUUCAUUCUUGCCAUUUGUGGCUCCCAAUAAUUCUGCACAGUAGAGCUACAUUUCUAGUGCGAGACUGACAGAUUGUCUCAUUUAAAAUUUGUUACUUAAGCAGUUCAGGAAAGAGGCUUGAGAAGGGGCUAUUAUGAAUAUACAAAUGACCUUUGGUUUAAAUUGGAUUGUGCCUGGUUCAAGCACUUAAUAAGUUUAUCAUUCUUGUGUAAAAGGUAUUAUUGCAGAUUGGUUUUUAGUUCUUAGUGACUUAAAAGUUUAUCCAGAAAAUUUGCAAAUCUCAUCUAUAUACUUUUAGUAUUUCAUAAUAGUGGCCAUUACUGGUAAUGGCUCAUAUACUUUGUUUUCCAAAACAGUCACAUAUUUCUGCAAUGUGUAUUCUGUAUAUUUACUUAUUUUGGCCAGCUUAUUCUACUUCUACUUAGCAUUGGACAGGGAAAGGGACUAGGCAAGGGACUAGCCCCCAAACCAUGAAUUAGAAAUCCUGUUCAUCCUAGACCUGGCUUGUGAGAUUUCAUAAGGCAUACACUGUAGGAUGAAAGUGUAAAUUUGCAUCUGUAAGCGCUAUAUGUAAAAAUAAAACCAGGAUGGAGUAAUUCUGUACCUCAGUAGAAAAUAUUGUGCAAUCAUGGUUGUCACAGCAUCAGAUGAUUCAUGCAACCUUGAUUGUGGGGCUGAGUACCUGAGUCGAGAUAUAAGUGCAUACAAAGUUACAGAACUGCAUUUAUAUCCUAAAUCCUGCAUUUGUAUCCUAAUUUUAAAAACCAAACAAAGAGUUUUUAAUGUUCAUUUAAUUUUUGUGCCAUUUGUUUUAAAAUGUUUAUGAUAUCACUUUCUAAAAAUAUUUCUAAAAGCUGGCAAACGGAAUCCAAAGGCAAGAGUGGCUUGAUGUUAUAUCUCUCACUUUGCAUUGUUAGUAUUUAUUUAAGUUAGUGAAACCAAUGACAAUUUCCUUGACUUUAAAAAUAAUAAUCAAUAUAUUCCUCCGUUUGUGAAAUCACUGCUUCAUUGUCUCUUGGUCAUCUUUUUUCUGUACAGACAGCUUUAAGCAAUACUUAUAUUGUAAUACUCCAAAUACUUCCCAUCUUUUUGAGUCUUACUUCUUAGUGUGUUUGUUUUCAGAUAUCAACACUAUAAAAAAUCAGAUAAAUAGCUUAUUGUUUGUGAAGAAAGUAUGUGAUUCAAGAAUACUGAGGCUGCAGUCAGGAAAAGUAAGUGUGUUUUCUCUGCUAGAAUGUGUUAAAAUCAACCCAAGUAUAUAUGUAUAAUCUAUAACAGGGAUGUCCAACAGGUUGAUCGGGAUCGACUGGUUGAUCCCUGGUAGGUUUUCAUAGGUCGCGGUCGAUCUUUGGCUCCUUCCUCUGGCCCCGCCCCCUUGCCCCAUCCUCUAGGUUGCUAGAACAGAAGACAGAGUUUUCUUAUCAAGGCUGUCUCAUUAGUGAUCUCUCGAUGAGCACUUCUUUUCAUAUUUUUGACCUGAACCCCCCCCCCCAAAAAAGGGGUAGAUCACUACCAGAUUUUAAGUGUGCAAGUAGAUUGCAAUCUCUUGGACGUUGGAUGUCCGUGAUCUAUAACAUCACUGGUCCCCUCUCCUGGUCCCCUGCCUCUGCCCCACACUGACAUGGUGGGAGUUCCAUUCAUGUGAUGCUCUUGCCAGAGGAAGAGAGCAGAGGCGAUGGUUGCUGAUGCCGUCUGUGGUCCUUUCCAGCCCCCCCCCGAAGCCUAGUUAGUAUCAAAGCCCAUUAUAUACCAGCUUGGUAUUGGAAGCACUGCUGAACUGUUACUGACAGUUUCAUAGGCAUCAUCAUGUUUGAAUGACUUCCUCAGCCCAGUGAAUCUAUUCCUAAUGCCUUUGACAAAGCAUAGAAUGUUGAAGUGUAUAGUAGAACGUUGCACAGUCCCUGCAUUGUUUCCCAGUUGUACUUAGCUUGGGUGAAGGGAAACCUAUGGCCCUCAAAAUGUUGUUUGACUCCAGCUCCCAUCAGCCCCAGGCAGUAUGGCCAGUGACCAGGGAUAAUGGAAGUUGGAUUGCAACAAAAUGUGGAGUGCUGCAAGUUCCCCACCCCGAUUAGCUGAAGGACCUCAUGGGCAGCAGACUUUCCAUAUUACUGGAAAUGUUGCUAUGGCAAAAGAGAGAGUUUUUUCUUGGGAAGAAAACAUGCAUGAUGCUACUAAAAUGGUUUUACGUUGUGAUUGUAUAUUGAUUUUAAUCUAGGAACCUAUUAACAUGAUGUGGUCUUUAUCCAGGAAAUAGAUACUGUGAAACUGGCUGCAAACUUCGGAAAACUUUGCACAGUCCCUCUGGACACCAUUCUUAUUAACAAUGUUGCACUACAAUUUUUUAUGGGUAAGAGAACAGUAGUUGUGUGUUUUUAAAACUAUGAAAUACCAUCAUAGCCUGCAGUAGGCACAAAUGAAUUAUAAAGAGAGGAGAAAUUAAUUUUUGGCCACAUCCACUUCAGUACCAAACCUUGCUGUCCAUACUAUCUAACACAAAUGAGCAGAACCUUUUUUUUUUUUUUUUAAUGUGAAUGGCUCACUUAAUUCCAAGGCUAAGGAGCUGCCAUGUAUUGUCAACUCUGCCAUUUUUAAAGUAGCGUGAUUCCUUCCAGAGCAGCAAGAAAGCAGUGGAUAGGACUUAGGGAGCAGCAUGUAAACACCAAAGUUCAGAGCAAUUUGUUAGUAAAUAUGCUGAGCAUAUAAUUUUGAUUAUAAUUAUUCUCAUCCAAAAUCAGCAUCACUUUGCUAAUUUAAUUUUUUUAUCUACCGUAGUUCUUCAGGGCAAAUUAUUUGGGUAGGAUAUUUGUAUCCUAAUAGAUGUGACUGAAUUAUUAUUUGUAGAUUACAUGCAGCAGAUGGGCGGCCAAGCACAUCUCUUUUUCUGGAUGACCGUAGAAGGAUACAGGGUUACAGCACAGCAGCAGCUGGAAGUGCUAUUGAGUCUUCAGAAAGAUGGAAGGCAUCAGACUACAGAAACCAAAGGCCUAUUAAAGUCAGCUGCAGUUGGAAUUUAUGAUCAAUAUUUGUCAGAGAAGGUAAAAAUGGGUUUUAAAGGGAAAUUAAUCUAUAUGAUAGCUGUAUUCUAAAAGUUGCAUAGGCACCUUAAGAUCAAGCUGCUGAACCUCAGUCCAAUAUUUGAAGAUGCAGAGGCUCUGAUGAACUUAAUAAAAUUGAACUACAGAGGAUCCGCCUUUACUUUUUACACAGAAUAAUGUCCUUCAUUUUUAUUCUUUAUGUUUGGCUUUGAGCAAGUCAAUUUGAAUUUGGGGAUGCAGACAGAAUGUGACAAAGUCUUUAGUUGUUUGGUUCCUUUUUUAUUUCUCUUGUCUCUACAAGACUAACACACAUGCAUUUUAGAUACAUUUUAAGAAAUAUAUUUUCUUCAGAUACAUUUUAAGAAGCACAUUACAUUAAAUGCCAUCUAUAGGCACCAUCCCCUACUCUUCCUUGCUUCACUCUUGCCAUGAGCAGAGGUGGAAACGGUAAGUCCUGACUAGCAUUUCUAGAAUCUAUUUAUAAAUAUCUUUCUCCCUUGACUAGUGAUCUUGGUUUGAUGAAAAUAAUUGUUGCAGUCUUUACUUGUUAGGUGUCUAUCUUUACCUUUAUUUUUUCUCUCUGCAAUAAUAAUUUGAGUUUUAUUUUUUUACAAAUUAAAAUAAGGUCAAGUGGUGCACAAAUUUAUUGAGUUCUCUAUGGCAGGCAUCACCAAGAGUCAAUAUUGAUGAUACCUUGGUUGCAAAACUGGCAGAGAAACUGAAUAAUGAGGAUCCAACUCCUGAAAUAUUUGAUGAGAUUCAGAGAAAGGUAUAGUAUGCUAAUUCUCCUUUUCAUAUGUAUUGGUGGAAGUUGGUUGCUAAUAACUGAUUUUGUUGAUUUUCAAUGAAAAUUCAAAGUUAUCCCAGAAAUAUUGCAGCAUUUCCAUUACAUGCAACUCAUAGCUUGCUUUCUGUGGCUUGUGGCAGAUGUAAAAGUACCAAACUUCUUAAAAAUGGAGUGCUCCCACAUAUGAAUUCUCUCUCGCUUCCUUUUUUUCAGAGUUAACUAGGGUGCCAUGUUGAGUUUGCUCUGAAGUUUGAGUUUGAUCAUAACUGGACUAAGCUUUAAUUGGGGCGUGCCCAGCUUCUCAGUUCCAAAAUGCACAGCAACAAAUUCAUCAACAGCUCAGCAAAAUUGUUCUGGGGGCAAUUUUGCGUGACUAACACUGCUUUAUUAACAGCAUGGCAGAGAAAUUGGUUGGUUGAUUUAAAUAUUGACCCAGUUUUUAGACCAGAGCUUUCCAAACUGUGUCAUGACACAUUGGUGUGUUGCACAAGCACUCCCCACGCUCCUCCCGGGGCUGGAAAGGGGUUGGUUUAACCUCUGGUUUGCUAGUAAACCUUAAUUACUGUGUCGCAAAAUGAUGCAUGUCUAAAAAGUAUGUCACCAACAUGAAAAGUUUGGAAAGCUCUUCUUUAGACCUUCAUUAGUUAACUGCUUUAGACCUUCAUUAGUUAAUUAACUAUGGUUUGGACCGGGGUAAGCAGCCUAAGGCCCAUGGGCCACAAGUGGCCCACCGUGGUCAUUUAACCAGCCCCCGAGCCACUCCCGAACUGAACUGCCCGCUCAGUGUGUCCCUGCGUGCUGUGCUAAACCGGUGCAGCGCAGCGCAGGAACUCGCUUCUGCGGUGCCAGAAAUUGUGUCUACACAUGUGCAGACGCCGAAAAUCGCAUCUGCACAGACACAGAUGCUGGAAAUCUCGGGCACGCGUGCAAUCCGGCCCUCUGCUGGAGUGAACCAGCCCUGGCAAGGUAAACCUUGCCUGCCCCUGGUGGACGAAAGGGGAAAUGGAUUCACUACAAAUUGGAAGCAAAAGCUUUACAGUGCUUAUGAAGGAGAAAGGGAAGGGGAGGUGGGAAGUUUGUGAGCAGAAGGCACCUACAAACGAGCUGUGUUCUGAAUUGGGAUACUCAGGUUUAUAAUUGGGAAAGCAGUGUUGUUCAACCUGGUAAGGCCUGCCAUUCUUCCUUGGGUGCUGUGCCACAAUUUAGGAGACCUUUGAAAGUCUAAUCUGCUUGAUUCCAUAAUUGCGAGUAAUACUGAACUUUCCAUUCCAUAAGGUAUAUGAUAUGAUGCUCCGGGAUGAACGCUUCUAUCCUUCAUUCAGACUGCAUGUCCUCUACGUCCGAAUGCUUGCGGAGCUAGAUAUGCUAAAGGACCCUAGCUUCAGAGGAUCGGAUGAUGGUGAAGGGGGUAAGCUUAUGUUGUGAUCCACCCUGUGAUCUUUGGAUGAAGGGCUAUAUACAGAUUUAAUAAAUAAAAUAAAAAUAAAGUUUAUUCCAGAUUUUAAUUGUUAUGUUUUAUGCUUAUUUGUGAUAUCACUGCAGCAUCAGAUUUACUGUGUGAUGUUUUUAAAAUCUGUUUAAAUGUUUGCCCCGUCUCAUCCUGUAUGCCCAGUAAGAAUUUAAGAACCAAGAUAUAUGCAAGUCCAAUAAAAUGAGACCAAAGUACAUUAAAUCCCAACCUGAUUACUCAGUUCCAGUUUCCAAAAGGGAGCCCACAUUGUGUGUGUGUGCAUGUGUGUGUGUGUUUAAGAUGACAGGCACUGAUAUGCCUUAGCAGAAGGAAAUUUCACUGUUGGGUUAAUUGUGCGCCAUACCCAUAGGACUUUAAAAACGUGCAGUCAUUCUGCAUUGAGCUUGCAUGGUGCAUGAAUAGAGAACAGUUUCCUUUGGAUAAACUAUACACUUUAUGGUAUGGAAGAGAAAUAUAUAAACAUCACAAAAUAUAAUUAUGAUCUCUAUCCAAUCUCUUUCAUCCUGGUAAUUAUGACAUGUUACAAGCAGCCCCUUAGUAAACUGAAUAUGAAACUUUCUUGCAAACUUUUCAAGUCUAUAGCUUGCUCAAUAAAAGAGCACUCAAGUGUCAUUCUACAAUUUCUUCCCCCCAUGCUUUGUCAUAUUAAGUUCUGUUGUAUGAACAUGUAUUGUAUUGUUGUGGCCCAUCCCAGAUAAGUAAGACACACAUCUGAUAGUUAACUCUGUUGGCAAGAGAAGCAUUUCCAGCAGGUUCCACAGUGCUCUGAUGAUCACAUGCUUAUAUCCUCUAGGCAGCUGUCUAUAGGUCUAGAACCUGCAGAACAGUUGCAAUAGCUAUGGGGCUCCUUCCCUCCUCCAGUUUAUAUGCCUUCCUCUGAUGUGUUGUGUACCUGCAACCUGAGACUUCUCCUGCGUGGAAGUCAUUAAAUUUUUACCAUAACCACUCCUGAUUUUAUUAAUGUGUCAAAUAGGGUAAUAUUAUAUGAUAGUAGUAUACAAAUAAUAAGUGUGCUUCGCUGCCACCUAGUGGUAUAGAUUAGUAAUACCUUUAAGUUUUAACAUUAGGGCCACACUUGCGUGCCUGCUAAUAGUUUACCAUGUUUGUUCUAAUCUAAUUAGGAAUAUUGUGAUGCAUGCAACUUUCAAAUUAGCCUAAAAUUCAUCAUUAAGUUAAACUAUGUGGAUAUCAGUAAUGUUUUGUAAUUAGAUCUUCGUUUACACUUUCUAUUCGGAAAGAAAUCCUGAUAUGUAAUACUUCACAUGUUAACUUGCUUAAACAUUUAUGUUUUGACGUACAGUUCUGUGUCUUAUUUUGACAGAAUCAUUCAAUGGUUCUCCUACUGGCAGCAUUAAUUUGGUAAGUGUGUUUUUUCAAGUGUGUAAUGUUGGCGGCAGUGGCAGGGUGGGGUAGGGUAGGGGGAACAGGACUCUUUCCUUGUGCUAUCUUCCAAAUAACUAUCACCAGCAGCUCUUUAUCUGACAGGGGAAAACACACAGGUGCUUUCAGUCAUUCAGUAACAAAAAGUAGUGAGGAUAUCAAUAAGAGAAAGAUCAUUGCUAUGACAACUGUAUCCUAUGGCAUCUCCUUUUCUGACCCUGUUCCUGACUCUUAACAGAAAUUAGUUGAAGCUUUCCUACAACUUUUAUCCUGGCCAGGAAAAUUUCACCCACCUAAAUUUACAUUUGGCUUCUGCCAAAGAUAAGGAUAGUUGCAGGAAAAAAUAGCAACAUUUUUGGUAGCAUUUUCUAUUGUCAUUUCAAACUACAGACACGCUCCCACAUCCCACACAUACGUGACCAUGUUUACGCAGGCCAAUGCAAAAUAAAUAAGUAAAUAAACAGGCCUUCUCUUGCUCAGGACUGCUGCCAUUGAUCGACCAGAAGCAGAGCAGGAGGCACCUUCUCCCUACCUCUGCUGCACAUCUGUGCCCCCAUCCUGGCUCCAGUUCUGCUUGGCGCCCUUCUCAGUCCUCAGCCUCCAUGGCCGUCCAUUGCUACCACACAUACUGGCUCACACAGAGGCAGGCAGGCAAGCUUGCAGGCUCAGGACAUGCUGGGCAGUGGCCCCGGGUGAAUCUGCCUCUCUCCCGCCUCCCUCUCCCUCAUCCUCUCGCUCUCAUCCCCAUUCACCCUCCCUAUUAAAGUGGGGUGCUCCCCACUUUAUGUGAUUGCACCUAUGCCCACGGGGACCUGGAAUGUAAUCCCCGUAUAAGUGGGGCACACCUGUAAUUGUUUAAUUGGGAGAUUACGUAACUAAAGCUUUACUUAUUUAAUUAAUGAGAAGCAAAUUUAAUUGAUGCUGGUGGGACUUAAUUGGUGGGGUUUUUUAAUUUUUAUUUCUAGUGAUCUAUUUUGAAGCUAGUUUAUUAACAUAUCAAGGAGAGGGAUAUGGUAACCUUUCUUUCAGGCAAGCUAGUUUACUGCCUAGAGGACAUUCUGUUUUUACUUAGAAAGCAUCCAGAAAUAAGGUUUCCCCUCUACAAUCUCAAGUGAUAGCAUUCCAAAUGAAGACCUCAUUCUCAGUAUUGUGUAGAUACAAUUUAGAUACCAACCUUAAAAAGGAAUUGUUCAAGGAUAGGUAUAUUGGCUACUUGUAGCUGUGAUACCUAAGUGGAACCUCCAUAUCCAGGGAAAAUAUACAUCUGAAUACUGGGUGCCAAGGAGUUUGACUUCCAUUUUUGAUCUUUGUUUGCAAAGUUGUAGAGGCAUCCACUGUAGGCUUUCAGAAAUAAAAUGCUGCACAAUAUUGGCUCCUGGUCUGUCAAAGCAGUUUGUCAUUCUUGCUAAAAUUGUGACUCUGGCUAUUCUUCUUCUAGUCAUUGGAUGAUCUUUCAAAUGUGCCUGCCGAUGAGUCAAUACAAUUACAUGCAUAUAUUUCAGAUACCGGUGAGUUCAGUAGUGAUGCUUUCUCUUUCAAUAUUUGGUCAUACUAUCAUGGCUGUUGUGUUCCUUUUCUUCAUAAAACUUGAUUAACUCUGCCGUCAUGUACCUCUUUUAAACCAGCUACUUUCCAUCAUAACCUUUUUGUCCUCAUGAUCUCUGCUUGCUUGGUGUGGUUAUUGGUAUUCACAAACCCCAAGAACAAAGAACUGCUUAAGGCUCAUGAAGGGGCUUGAUGCAGCCCCAUAGAUUUUAAAAGCUUAUUUUUUCUUGAACAUCUGCCACACCACUCAUUCAAACCUUUUGAAACUUUCCUUAGUUUCAAAGCAGUUUUCCAGGCAAGCCUAUAGGCUUCUUGGGGGGUUAUGGAAUUAUUUGGAGUUCCUUGGCUCCUAAGCCAUUCUAAUUUUGGAUUUUCCCCCUGUAUUAUUAAAAUGUCAUUUAGUUGUGUUGAAAUUCCAUGAAUGCCUUAGACUAUUCAAUAUAAGACUGAGUUUGUUUCAUUUUCAUUUAAUGUACAAUAAUGUCAUCAUUAAAUUGUAUGUAUUUCACCAUAAUUUUAUUUGUUCACAUCUAACAUUCACCUAUUUACAUUAAGCAAACAUUUGUAUUAUUAUAGCAUACUUUUCUUCAACAAUAAAGAGUUCUUCAGAUCAAUCUGAUGGGGGGGAAAGCUUUUUUCAUUCCAGGCAUGAAUACUAGCAGCCAAUUUUUCAGUUGUUAUUUGAAACUCUUUUUAAAGUGUUGAAUCUAUGGGUGGUAUUCCAGUAACAAGGAUGUCCACUUACACAGUAGGACUCCUGCCCCCCCAUCCCCAGAUCUGCUCCAGAAGUUUGGAGGAACCUCUCAAACAGAUUUAGGGGUGCAUGGAAGGACAAAUUUCACAAGCAGAAAUUAUUGAUGGAACGAUUGCCUUAGCAGUAAGUUGGAUUCCAAUAUAAAAAGAGCUGGAAAUGAAAAUAUGCCUAAAAUUGAAACUGAAACAUGCCUGUAAGUUAAAUGGCCUGAUAUUACAGGGGAAUCACCACUUACAUGGGCGUUCCCUUCCUGGCUGCUGAGAGUGGGGGUUCUCCUGUUCUGCCCCCUUUUUGGCACUGAAAACAGUGGGUGUGUCAGCAGGGGUAUUCGUGCUGGUCAUACACAGGUGGGAAAAUGCAUAUAGUUGCUUAAUAAUAAUAAUAAUUUAUUUAUACCCCGCCCAUCUGGCUGAGUUUCCCCAGCCACUCUGGGCAGCUCCCAAUUGAGUGUUAAAAACAAUACAGCAUUAAAUAUUAAAAACUUCCCUAAACAGGGCUGCCUUCAGAUGUCUUUUAAAAAUAAGAUAGCAUCUAUCACUACACUUCAUAUUCUGUUAUUGGUAAUAACCACUGAAUAUGACAGCUUUACAGAGACAACCAACUUCUGUGAUCCUGGGAGUCAGGAAUUCUUCAUUUGGUGUGUGUUCCCCUCGCCCCAAAAAAGUUUAUUUUCUAUAUAUGACAGUUGUUGCUCCCUAGCUUUCAAAUCUCAUAUAUUUACCACAUACAGCUUCAGUUAGUUUGACAUAUCCAGUUCCUAAGUAGCUACAGAUACAACCUAAACCAACAAUGGAAUAGUGGAAUCAACCCCUUGUUGUUGGUACCCCUUUUCAAGUACCUGCCCAGGUACAUCAUAGGAGUCAGAAGACACAAAUGACCUGAGACUUGUAUGCAGCUGCAUCAUAUACUGUCAGUCUGGUAUACAGCAUUUGGUUGUACAAAUAGAGCCCUCCCACCUCCUUCCCAAAGCUGGGAAGGUGCUAAUUAGACUUUGUGAAGGAGAAUGGAGGACUCUAGGACCCUGUCAGAGCCACCAUGCCUCCUUCCCAUAGCUCAGCACCUAGCUCACCCAACUUUGGGAAGGCAGCACAAGGGUUGAAAGGGGUGUCAAAUGUUGUCAAGGGCUGCCCCAAAAGGCCUUGAAGGCUGCAUGCAGUCCCCAGGUUUCCGGUUGGACUGCCCUGAUCUAGACAAGAACAUUUUGCUGAAGUAUCGCUUGAUUAUAGGAUGCUAUGAUUUCAUACACAGAGCAAGGCAGUUUGUUUUCUUCCUCAGUUUGCAUGCCCAUUUUGUCUCCACUUCCUUGUCAUUUCCAACAUCUCUUCAUUUCAUGUCUCUUCUGCCCUUUCGCCUUCCUCUUUUGUGUUCCUUUCUUCUUCCUUCGUUUUUUGUUUUAAAUUGCUAGUUUAUGCUGAUUAUGACCCAUAUACUGUGGCAGGAGUUUGCAAUGACCACGGCAAGACAUACGCGCUAUAUGCUAUCAGUGUUCGUCGUCGAACCCCAAAUGGUGACGAAGUAUGGAAAACAUAUCGUCGCUACAGUGACUUCCACGACUUCCACAUGAGGAUUACUGAGCAGGUAAUAUCUGCAGUUAAAAUGUGUUUGUGGAAAGAGCAGGUGGCUUCCUCAAUUAAUUUAAAUUAGUGAUGAAAGAGGUUCAGUGAGCUUAGCUGGUCUGUGCUUCUGAUAAUCUACUGGAGUUGCGAUAAACUAGCUAAGUCCAAACUUAGGAGAAGUUAUGGUUUGGCUUGUAGUGACCUCAGAAUAAAGUAAGUUAAUAUCCCAAACAAUCCUGUUCCAAACUUCAGCUGCAUUGCUAAUUUAAAUGAGCUUUUAGUUCAAUGGUAAUUUAUGUUUUCGUCUCAGAUUCUGUCCCUAGUAAUUCCAGGUAUGGGUGGGAAAGACCCCCAUCUGAAAUCCUUUAGAGCAGGCAUGGCCAAACUUGGCCCUCCAGCUGUUUUGGGACUACAAUUCCCAUCAUCCCUGACCACUGGUCCUGUUAGUUAGGGAUUAUGGAGUUGUAGUCCCAAAACAGCUGGAGGGCCAAGUUUGGCCAUGCCUGCUUUAGAGCUGUUGCCAGUUAAGAGUCAUGCUGUCCUCCAAAGGUUUUGAACUACAACUCCUAUCAGCCUCAGUCAGCAUGGCCAGUAGUCAAAGAUGAUGUAGUACAGACAUUUGGAGGGCAUCACAUUGGCUACCCUUGAUCCAAAUGGACCAAUGGUUUGACUUGGUAUCAGGCAGCUUCCUAGGUUCUCAUACUACUACAGAAUUGAUAUUUAGGAUCACAUUACUGUGCAAAGAAGUAUCUUGUAUGCUCACACACAUAUGGAAAAAGAAUGUGUCAGGGAGAAACCUAAGCUAAAUCUAUCCUUGACAUUUUCAUUUCCUGUAUGUAAAGGGUAUCUUCUGUACACAGAUAAAUGGAUAAGACUAAUGGUCCUUUAUUCUGCAUGGUUGAGCAUUCAGUUGCAUUAACCCACAUUGUUAGCCCGAAGUGGUACAGUCUAAAACAAGUUGUUCAGUUGUCCAGUUAAUAUUAAACAUUCAUAGCAUUGGUGCAGAUAUAACAUUCCAGAUGUUUCCCAUCACAGUUAGUUCUGGGGGUGAGUGAGGGAGCUUCCUCCUGAUUUCUUAAACAAAGUAAAUAGAUUGGAAGUGUUGCAUGUGAAAUGGACCCGAAAUGUAUUUAUGAAAUGAAUGCAUAGUAAUUCAGUUUGGAUGUAGAGGUUAGAUAUAUAUUUAAAAUAAAAAAUUAUGGGUUCUUUUCUAGUUUGAAAAUCUAGGAAGUAUGUUAAAGCUUCCUGGUAAAAAAACAUUCAACAACAUGGACAGAGACUUCUUAGAAAAAAGGAAGAAUGAUUUAAAUGCAUAUUUGCAGGUAUGUUUUUAUAUUCAAAUUUUUCAUUAUGUGUGCCUUAAUAAUUUUUUUCCUAAUCUGAUCUCUUGAAAAUUUGCAGCAAAGUUCAGGGCUGCCUUCAGAUGUUUUCUAAAAGUCAGGUGGUUGUUUAUUUCCUUUACAUCUGACAGGAGGGUGUUCCACAGGGUGGGCGCCACUACCAAGAAGGCCCUCUGCCUGGUUCUCUGUAACUUCACUUCUCACAGUGAAGGAACCGCCAGAAGGCCCUCGGAGCUGGACCUCAGUGUCCGGGCUGAACGAUAACUUGAUAUGUUACAACUGAAAGUGUUUUCAGGCAUAGUAGUUCUUUUGGAUGGUAUGAAACAUGUCAUGAUCUUCUACUGGCGUCAUGGUGUCACUGGAUUGGGCUCUGAAUCCACUGUGAUCACGAGGCAAGAGCAAAGAUUCUGGGAAAGUAGGCGGCUCCCAUUCAGUUUUUUUGCUGCUGCUUGAUAAAAGCCAUCACAUCGCCUUUAGCUCCUGUUUUUCUUACGUUUCCUCAAGCUAUUUUCCCCUCUUUCUACAGUUCCUUCAUAACUUUGUGAGACCUUUUAUCUUAUUUCCUUUCCAUUCACUAUCCUUCAAAGAAAGAUUUUUUUAAAAGACAAAAAGAUACUAGUAGAAGAUAGUACAAUUGGUACUGACCUGAAGUGUAGGUCUCUGUGACGUCAUGGGGUCUGUGGGGCCACUCCCUAAUAUGAACUGCAAUGUCCCUCUUCCUUUUCUUACAUGUUCUAUGCCCUGUUGUUUAAGGGGAAAGUGGGCAUCUUUUAUUUCCUUACUACCUGAAACUCCGAUGAGUGUUUGAGCUUCGCGAGUCCAUAACACUGUUUGGGAGCCCAUAAAACUGAUUGGGAGCCACCCACUUCCCCAAAGAGUCUUUAGUUCUGCCUCGUGGUCAAAGUGGAGUUGCAGCCCAAUCCAGUGACCCCAUGACACCAUAGAGGUCAGGGCCAAUUUUACUUUUAGGUACAGUUUCAGUUGCUUUUAUGGAAGAUGCCUUUAAAAUGUGAGAGUAAUGGUACUCCUGUAACCUUUAUAUUUUUAGAUGGAAUUGGAAUAAAUGUACAGACAUACUAGCUUGUUUUGAGGGCACAAAGCCCACAAAAUGUCAGGCAAAACUGAUAAGAUUUGACAGGUACUUUCUAUCGUGAGAGGGUUUGGGGUUUUUUGAAUGGGGGAGGGACUGAACUGGCCAAUUCUGCUUAGGAGAAGGACUACUAGUUCUUUUAGGAAGCAGGAGCUAUGCAAAAGCAUUUAAAACUUCUUAUUUCUGCUGUGCUGUAACGUGUUUUAUCAUUCAGAACCAAAAUGCUCACCUUCCAAAAUUACCUGCCUCCUUUACUUCUUAGCUUUUGUUAACUCCUGAAGUGAUGAAAUGUUAUCCAGCUUUAAUACACUGUCUGUAUGACUUCUUGGAAAACAAAGCAUACAGUAAAGGAAAGGGAGAGAUUGCUCGGAAGGUAAGAAUAUUAUCUGUUGUCUAGCAGGGCUCAGUGAUGGCUGUCGUCCUACAACAUUGUGCACAAUCAAUCAACAUAAUCUGUUGUUCAUAUUGUAUGCCCUUCGUUGUUUAGCUUGUAUUACGUGAUUUAUAUAUGAAUGGACACGUGGUAUAAAUGCAGUAUGCAAAUAAGGGGUUGUUGUUUUUUGAAACAGAAGCAUUUAUUUAUCGGCAAAGAAGCCAAACUUGCAUAAGAGAAUUGUUGUAAUGCAAAAAGUUUCUGUAUUGUUUAUAAGUUUGCUAUCAAGCCUGAGAUGCACCUAGUGUUGAAAGAUGUAAAUAUCCCUUCCCUUUUAUUUACCCUAAAAUCCUCUGCCCAUUCCAGGCACCACAUGCUUCAUGACUCCAACCACCUGCUCAAAAGAGAGAAUGCAUGUCUCCCUCUAAGACUGGUUUUUGAGGCUGUUUCACAUCAAAGAGCAAAAGGAGCUAAGCACCAAUUUUUAAAAUGCAGCACUUUGUCAAAGUUGAUCAUUUAGUAAUUGUGCUUGAAGUAGAUCAACUUGCAGAUUUUACAUGCUUACUUAGUCCUUUUGCCCUCACAAUUCCUUUCUAUAAAUUAGGCACAGCUUUCUGUGCUAUUCUAAAAAAAUUAAAUUUAAGUAGAGGUUGAACUAAAAUACAUGUGUCUAAAAUGAUUCAAGCUUCUGUAACUCCCUGGAGACCGAAUCCCUCUUGUUCUUAAACUUUUCAUUUGAAUGGAACAGUUAAAUUAGUGCAUAUUCAUAUUGUGCCAUGGUUUGUACAGUUCCUAUCAGCUCAUUUGCAUGCCACUUAAAAAUAUGUGGUUUUCUUGUUUGGCCAAAAAGAGAGAGCCUUUGCCCAGAAACCUUUGAGGGCUAGACUGAGGACCAUGUUGUCUCUUCAGGAAUCGCUGUGCUUCUGCCUUAAAAAGAUGGUGGGCUUUAAAUCCAAAUGCAUAAUUAUAUCUGAAGGAAGUUUCUGUAUUUUGCAUGAUCCUUCAUUGCAAUUCCAUUAUAGAUAUUAUACAAGGGCCAUAUGGACAUGGUAAGGGAGUGAAAGUAAUGUAUUUUAUACAUUUAUCCCACAAGGAUUCUUAAGAUAGCUAACAUACAACAGGGACACAACAACAUAUUGACAAAACCACAACAAAAUGUUAAUGGAUUAAAAAACACACCAGGCAAAUAUUGUUGGGUAGCAACAGCAAGCAUCAAACUCUAAUAAAAACUAAGGGGGAAAAAUCAUUCCUACCCAUUUUCUGGCAGGCAAGCAAACGUAGGACAUUCCACAGAUUAGGGGCAAUAAAAAGCCCCUCUCUCUAACCACUGGUCAACACCUCAAGAAGCAGAAACACUCAGACCAAGUCCUCAGAAAAAGGUGUUGGGGUAGAUAUCAUGCUUUUCAGUCCCAGACUACUUAGGGCUUUGACGGUCAGAAACAGCACUUAAAAUUGUGCCUAGAAACAAAUAAGUAGCCAAUAUAGAUAGAUUGGUUAUUUAAUUUCUAUACAGCUUAAUAUAUAAAAAUAUCUCUAAGUGGUGUGCAAAAAAAUGAAGCAACAACAAACAACCUAAAGAAAAACACACUGUUACGUAUAAAAAUGUUAGAUAAAGACAAAAUUAUAUAUAAAUCAAUAUCAAUUCAUCAUUUGCCUUUUGACACUGUUCUUUAACUGUUCUCUGUUCUCUCAUGUUAGAACCAAUUGACCAUCUAGCAGUUUUAUUUUCCCCCAGUUGUAGUUUCCAAGCAGUCUUCAGAGGGAGCUGCAACAAUUGAGGCUGUCAGUGGAGUUUCGUUGCAAGAAAAGCCAUACCUGGCCAAUCAGCCAAACGCUCCAGAGAAUACUUGAGCAUCCAUCUGGAAAGGGAGGUCUAAUUUCACGCCAGGCUGUAAUUGGCUGGCUUUAGAGGUGUGAAUAGGCUUGAUGCUACAUUUUUCAAGGUUCUUAGGUGUCCCAUCAAUUAUAUUUGCUCACUUGGAAAAACUCUUGGACACAGGCAUUUGUCCUUGCCUCCUCCCAAACAGUGGAUUUACAAACAGCUCAUGACCACUUUGGAAACAUGCCCACUGCAUUACAAGUCUUGGGUGAGGCACAUUACUAUAUGUAUUUUGAGUUGUAAUGGAUUUUAGAUAUAUGCAAGCAACAGAAAUCAGCAAAUAACAUAGUUCUCAUUUUUUUUAAAAAAAAAUAAAUUCUUUUUUUGUUAUUGGACCAAAACAGGGACUCUAGCUUGGCAGGGAACAUACUCUAGGAGUGUGGAUAAUAAUGCUUAGAACAACUGUAUAGAUUACAUUAUAGAAGUAAACUAGUAAUAUAGAAUCACACAUCAUGAUCUAUCAGAAACAAUGUGCCCAUUUCAAAUUAUUUCCCUGUAUAGUAGAAAAUAAUCUAUGUUUUGAUGUCACAGAAUUAUUGCCCCCCUGCCCCCCCAUAUUAUAGGCUGAUGGGGCUGGCUGAUGUGUAGUAUUAAAACUUAGAUUAGUUCUUUUUAGUUCUUUGAUGCAUUACAGAGGUGGAGGAAGACCACAUACGGCUUCUUCAGCAGCAGUGCUUUGUUAAUUGGAAUGUGUAGCCGUCAUUUAAAUUCUUAAUAUAUUUUUACUAACUCCACACAACUUUACUCUUUCAAAAUAACAAAUAAAUGCACACAGGAUAACAUUUGUCUGCUUCAAGGGCAAGGGUCUAUUAUCCCCAGUAGCUGGUGUGUACACUUCAAUGGAUGAACACUUUAAUUUAGUGUGCGCUCUCUCGCUCUUUCUCUCCUCUCCCUUUUAUUUUCUCAUCUUCUUUUGUUGCAGCUUCCCAAAAAGCUGCUCUUAAGGGUGUUGGGACUUUUUGGAACAGUAUGGACUUUGGGUUGGGGGGGAUACAACUGGAGGGGGAAAUCUGAGACCUCCCCCUGUGUGGGUGGAGAUGUCUUCUGCUUCCAUUCCAUUAAUAUUAUUCAGCACCAGUAAACAUGGUACUUUGCAUAGUAAUGUUACAAAAGCAAAUCCCUUGCCCAAGAAACUUGCUGUCUGUGGUUGACAUUUCUCUCAGUUUUGAUUGUUUUCAAAGUCAGGGCAUGUAUUUUACAAAAUUAGCCUUACUGAUGCCUGAAAUUUACACAGUAAUAUUUUUUUCGUAGUAAUGGCUUUGUAUUACUGCUCUCCAAAACAGUGUGAUGUUUUCAACACACAUUAUUGGAGGAUGAGUCAUAUCCUCAUAGAUUUAUGCAAUCGUGGUAAAUGUUUUCCUCUUCAGAUGGACACAUUUGUAAACCCACUGCGUAACUCUAUGAGAAAUGUUUCAAAUGCUGUCAAGUCCUUCCCUGACAGCUUCGCAGAGGGGAUGACUAAAAUGUCAGACAACAUGGGCAAAAUGUCAGAAAGAUUGGGACAAGACAUAAAGCAAUCAUUUUUCAAGGUAAGAAUGCAUUGAAGUAACGCACAUUAGACUUGGUUCCAUUUUGAGCCGCCUCAUUUAAACAUGAUCAAACUAGGCAAAGUGUGAGGUAACAGUUAUGUUUAAUAGUGUUGCCUUUCUUUUUAUUUGGAAGAAUGAAAAAAAUAACUAGGAAGGAGUGCAUAAGAACAUAAUCCUGCCAAAGUCCUUCUGGACACAUGGACCCUGUGCAAGCCCAAAUCUUGCUUGGAGUCAUUUCACCUUAUACACGUAAUGCUAAACCAUGGCUUAGUGAUACUUGCAAGCCAGCACUGUAAAAUGUGGCAGAGUGAGUGAAACGUCUGUGGGUUCAGAUACGUAGAUUAAUACAGCUGCUACCAUCAGUUGAGAAGCUUGAUUGUUAAGUUGCCAAACGUUCUCUUAAACAGAGUGUUUGGCAACCAUGGGCCAUCUUCUUCACGAAUGGUGCACCCUGUCAUUUCUUUUAAUCAUUUUUGCCUUACCAAUACACUGCAGAAUAUGCAGUUACAUCACUGUAUAGGGUAGUUUUGUUUCAAAGACAUGAAGAGCUCCCUGAUGUUGAUGUUAGUUAAUUUAGGGUGGUCCACUACUGAAAAUGCACACUCCCGUUUUUAAUUUCAGAACACUGUCUGUGCUCCAGCACCUUCGUCAAAUACUGCCAAUUUUGCAACCCUUACUAAGUUACCAGAACACCUAGGCUUAUUUUAACAUAGUGUUCCUCCCCACAUUCCCACUUAUUGGCUGCAGCCCAGAGCUUUUCAGUGCUUCAGUGCUCACACGAUGCUCUGCCUAAGCAGAGGCCACCCUCUGUUUCCAUGCUAGGGAAUGUACUGGCUUGCAUCAAGCAUCAUGUGUGCAUCAAGAGCUCCGUGCGUACACUAGAGAUGCUGGAGAGUGGAGACAAAUGUCUGAAGCAAUUUUUCCUCCCAUUUCCCCCCCACAGACCUUGCUUUCCAUCAGUCCCCUUCCCCACCCUUGAAUAAAAUAUAUUUAUUCCAUUUAGCCUUGUCAUUGCUAACCCAACACUUCUGCUGUGUCACACAUUAAUGCAUCUUUCCCAAAACGGAAUAUUUCAAGUGUGUAAAGUUAAAAUAAAACCAUGCAAGAUGAGUAUUUUAUCUCCCUUUCCCCUUUUCUCCUUUUUGUUGUAUUGCAUAAAUAUUGCUGUAGAGCUGGGGCAGGGAAGCCUGUGGGCAUUCCAGAAGCUGCUGGGUUCAAAAUCCCACCAGUUUCAGAUAGCUUGGCCAAUUUCCGACAGGCCACAGGUUUCCCCACCCCUGUUCUAAGGUCAGCAAUGUAGGGCCUUACUAACCUUUGACAAAAUGCACCUGCGUAGUAAUAAACAAUAUUGGAACCUUUUCUUUAAAAAUGGACUAAAGUAAAAUUGAAAAUGCAGAUUAAGCAGUAGUUUAUGCCUUUAGGAAUAAGGCAUUUUAGAAGCAUAAACUAUUUAUGUUAUAUGAGAUUUAAGCAAAAGCAAGUCUUAUUUUUCCAUUAUAUUUUAUAAAUUGAUACAAACAAAUCCCAAAGAAAAAGUGUGAGAAUGCAGGCUAGUUAGGCUUUUUGUCAUGUGACUGUUAGAUGCUCCUAAUGCUGCUUAAUUUGUUCCAAUACUUGUUUUGGAUUUUUAUUAAAGCACUUCCGCAGUGCUGUGCCUUAGCAGAUUUUAUAUCAAGCAGUUAAAAGUAUUUUAUGAACUAAAGUUCAUAAAAGUAUUGGUUUUGAAUUGAGUUUCAGAAUUCUCUGGCUUUAUAAAGGAUAUUUUUUUCAUCACUAUUUCUCGCUUUCAAUAAUUUCUCUUUGGGAUUUAGGAUCCUCCUUUAAUGCAGAAGACAUACGUUGAUCCUAAGCACUGCCGUGUUGCAGCACAAGUUGAAGACAAUGUGAGUUUGAUAGUUGCUUUUAAACUAACCUCACUUUUGCUUAUAAAUGAAAUGUAUACAUGUGUCUCUAUAUGUGCCUGAUUGAUACACACACACACACACACACACACACACGUGCAUGUGUGUACACUAGAGUUUACCCAUGGUAUUACUAUGAAUCAGUGGUGCCUAAAUAUGUAAAGUCCUCUAGUUGAGGUCCAAAGAACAGCUAUAGGCAGGUUGAAAGGUAGCAUGCUUCAUGGGAUUCCCACCACCCUUUGACAGCAACCUUCAUGCCUUAUUUAAAAUGAAUAGGGAAUCUCAGUUUUGAAGCCUGAUUGCCGUUUCAUGUGGGGGAUUCCUGUUAAAGUAACAUGACCCUGAAUCCCAUCAGGCAUGCAAAGCUACUUGAAUAGUUCUUUGGAUCCCGAUAAAACUUCGUUAUAAAACGUGUUACAUAUGUAUGUAUGUGUGUUUCCCCCCUACUCCUACAAUAUUCAAAUGAUCAACAAAUUCUGUGUCAGUUCUAUAAAAAAAAAUGGAUAGCUUCCUUUAAUACAUUUUCAUAAGAGUUUGUUAUAGUUUCAUGACCUCAAAACAUUAAACAACUUCUUUGGUCAUAGAUGUAGUUGACUUUCUUAUUAAGUGCUCCAAAGUGAGUGUAUGUAAGAAUAUGAAGGUGAAGAUUAAAAGCUUAGGUUCCUGAUGUUCUCAUAAACUAGGGAAUUUCUGAUUUGGUUGAAACACUGAUUAAAUAUGUGAAGAUCAGUUCAAAAAAAUCUUUUAUCUUUAAUGAGGACAGAAGGACCAUAAGAUUACCACUGAUUAUAUGCAGAUUUGUCAUGGUCAUAAAUCUGCACCUGUUCUACACUUCACAUCUUUUUCUGGCCACAUCAAAGCAUUCCACUCUGUAUAUCUGAAUGCUGUCUGCUGCUAUGAUUUUAGCAAAUCUCCCCCUUCUUUAGGAGCAUUACAUGUUUUAUGUUUUCAUUGUUUUGAUCAUCACAGAAAGAGCUUAUAUUCAGUUCUCUUUCGUUGCUGUUACUGAUUUCGAUUUAUGGUGCAUCAUGCUAGUAAUGGAGUGUAAAGUUUCUACAUACGCAUGUACAAGCAAAAUAAAUUUUUCCAAAAUGUAAAAUGUGGUUGGAUUUGCAUCUUUCAGUGUUUUCAUGUCACAGAAGAAUGUGUUAGUCAGCUUGUACUAUUCAGAUACACAGUGGGUGUAUCAGUGUUUGAAAUUAAGAGCUACCAAGACACUGUGCAGCAUCCCACGGGCCAUUCAGCUGAUUCCACACACUUGGUAGCGCUUCAGACUUGUUUCUCUUCAAACAGCAACCUCCCAUGCUGAGCGGCAAAAGAUUUCUGAAACUGAUAAUGCAAAUUCAGUUUGUAACAUGCUGUUCAUUGGAAAAAAGUAAAAAAUUCCAAGGGGCCAGUAGUUCAUAGAACAUCUUUUACCUUUCGAUUUUCAUCUCUUCUGUUUGUCCUUCAUAGAAAAAAGUGUUGCUAAAUAUGACUUAAUGUUUCUAGGCUAUAACUUUCAGAAACAGGAAUCUGAAAUGAAGCCCUAUGAGCUAAAUUUGCAUACUUUGUUGACAAAUUAUUGAUGAGGACUGACAGAUAUAAACACAUUAUUUCAUUACUUUGUCUUCUGUGAUGGCUUCCAGUCUCUCUCGGGGUCCUGUUCCAAGUAUUGAUAUUAACCUUGAAAAAUAUGUCACAAAAAGUUCAGUGCUAGGGUAUCUAUGGGGGUAGACUCUGUAGUAUGUAAAUACCAGAUUGCUUUCGUGUUUAAUGUAAUUAUAACAUGAAUUGGUUACAAUGGGAUCCUGAGAUCUCUUGUUCUCCCAAAAUCUAGUGCAUUGGAUUUGGGAACCCUCAAGAACAGUGCAGGAGAUGGUGCAGGGAGACUCCAUGAAAAUUGUCCCUUUUUGUUUGUGGAAGCACCUGCUGGAUCAAACCAUUUUUGUGAGCAGGACUCCUUUCAUUUGAAGAAGGACUGUGUUCGAUCCAACCUUGUGUAUUUGCUUGAGCUGAAAUGUUCCAAUAGUUUCAUACUUUUGAACAAAGCAAGCUCUUCAGAGUUCUGAUAUGCAUUACUGAAAUGAGGAAGAUUCAUUCACUUGCCAAAAAGUAAUAACCUUUUCACCCCAUUUUAUAGGUGGAGGACAAUGUUCCUCUUAAAAUAAUGCUGCUACUCAUGGAUGAAAUCUUUGAUCUAAAGGAGAGAAAUCAAUGGCUACGACGAAAUAUCAAAAACUUGCUUCAGCAGCUUAUUAGAGCAAUGCAUGGAUAUACAAUAAAUAAGUACUGCCUUCCUUCUUUAUAAUUAUAAAAAACCUAUUUAUUCUGUAAAUUACAUGUGUAAAACUUUUGUCUUUUAAGCACUCAUUUUGGAGGCAAAAUGUGAUGUGAUUUAGUUUUUGUUGGGGCCCAAUAAAUGGUUCUCUCACUCCUCCUCCUCCUCCUCCUCCUUCAGACAGUGUUUGCUGUCUGUCUUGUUUCCUUAUCUAGCUGUCUUAUAAAACAGAUCCAUUAGACUCACCUGCAGGGUGCUUCUGCAUGAUGGCGUACUGGACCCAGGUAGUCAUGGUCAGCUUUUGAGCAUAUCACCUGGGUCCAGUGUCCCUUUGUGGGAGAUUACCAAUAUUUACUAAGUAAAAUUAUAAUUCCCCUUUCCCAUCCUACCCUCAUGUAUCUUAGGUAGGGUAAUGGAUUGAAGGCUGCAUUUAUGUGGUGAACACCUUGGAUCAAUUUCCUGCUCAGCUGUGAAGCUUAAUAUUUGGCAUUGAGUUAGUCGCAGCCCUGGUUGCAUGACACUGUAGGUGAAACUAUGUCUUAGUGCAGGCUAUCUGUCAAGAGAGGAACUUGCAGUCAUUGUGCUUCUGCAUUGACCUUUUUAUUGCUGUCCUGUGGUAGACUAAGCCAUAGAUUGGCUUAGCGUGUCAUCCAGACCAUGGCUAAGCUCUCUCCUCACCAACCAUGAGCUGGAGCCAAAAACAAAUCUUACUAAGUUUGGUUUACCGUGUCAUACAAAACAGCCUUAGCAGUCUCUUAGGACUAUUCCUGUGAGGUUGCAAUUGGUACUGUAUCCUUUGCAACUAUCCAGCUUUUCUUUGGAUAGUAAUAUGUUAAAUAUAAUUACUUUUCUGAAAUAUGUAGGGGGGAAAUGAAGGUUCUGGAGUCUGCCCCUUAAAGCUCAGCUUGCUGUAGGCACCUUUGCAUGAAGAUAUAGAAGCAUUUAAAACAGCAGCAAAUUUGUUUAGAGAAAUUGUGUGCUCUCCUUUCCUUACAGCCCCACAAAUGUAUUUGGCAGCUGUAAGUGUUGCAGAGAUACAGGUCUUACCAACCCUUUCAGGUGCUGCUGUAUCAAUGAAUGUUGGACAUGAGAUUUGUCCCUUUUAUUUCUUGCAUUCGAUUUUAAAGAAUACAAUAUAUUAAAGCAAUAUGCCCAUCUUAAUUUCAGAAAAAUAGUAGAUCAUGUUGAUUGGAUGACAUCUCCUGAACAAGUAGCAGAUGCAGUUAAACGUUUCAGGUAUGUCCUUUUAACACAUGCUGUACCCAAAGCAAUUUAUGUUUCCUGCCUAUAUUUACUGUUCACAUCUAUACAAUGUUAGCUGACAACUAUUCUUACUUUUCACGAGAACCACUUUCUCUGCUAGGUUUAAAGAGAUGAUUAACCUUUUCUAGAUAGUCGGUCUCUGUAGAAAGCCUCCUUUGCAAAUAUGUAAAGUUACUUGAAAAAUAGAUGUACAUUAUUUGACCCAACCAAAUAAUAAUAAUAAUCUGCCUAAUUAAUGUGCAAUCUUACUAUCAGCCUUCCUGCUUACAGGGGGAAUCAAGGCAACAUUAUACAGUGAAUAAUACCUAUAUCCUGUAUGUUUUCCAGCUUUGUUUUGUAGCAGUUUGUUUAACUUCUCUUUCCCAAAGAAAGUUUAAACUGACCUCAUUAGGAGUUUUCUACAUCCUCUCCUUUGCACUAGUGGCUUUUAAUAUCUUGAUUUGUUGAGAUAGCUAUAGCUGUCUUUGCAUGUCCCAUCCAGCCUAGUUGGCACUGGGCCUCCAGCAUAGUGCUAUUCCUCCUAAUUAAUUCUGCUCUGGUCAGGCUAGUAAGCACCUGAAAAGUCUACAGCAACAGUGGCUAAGCUAUUGCUUUGCAGAUGUGGUCGGACCAUAGUUCUUAUCAUCUCUGUGGAUUGGAUUUGCUGGCUGGGGCUGGUGAGUAUUGGCGGGCUUCAGUCAUUUGUCUAGGCUAACUAUCACUGGCUGUGAUCAAUCGUGCACAGCCAGGGUAGUGUGGCUCUCUAAAUGUUGUUGGACUCCAGUUCUCAUUAGGCACAGCCAGUGUGGUCAAUGAUCCAGGUUUAUCAUCCCUGUUGUAUAACCAGGAUCUGAAGAAACACACCAGCUAAUCUAGAGAAGCCACUUUAAUAUUGAGGUCUUAAUAUAGUACCUAAGCUUUGCAUGUGCAAGAUGUGUUUUGAGUUUUCAGAGGAGAACUAUAACCUGGUUUUUAUUUUAACUUGUAAACUUGUCUGUUUGCAGAGAUGCCUUUUGGCCCAAUGGCAUUUUAGCUGAGACUGUUCCCCGCAGAGACAAUGCCAUUAGAAUGCGAACGAGAAUUGCUGGAAAAACAAAAUUACUGGGGAUGAUGCCAGGUGUGUGAAAUUAUUUAUCCUUGAGCCGAAGUGGAAAAUGUCCUUAGAUGUGUCACAUAGGUUUUAAAAAAGCAGAGUCUUGUUUGCCUGCAUGUGAACAGCGUUGAGAAACUAUAUCUCUAAGAAAGUUUACAACCUUGCAUUUAGUGCGAGGGCUAUUUAGGGAAUGAUAGUUAUUUUCUUGAACAUUUUAAGAAUUUGUACUUUUACAGCAAAUAAACAUGAAGAUUGAAUUGUUACUGAACUGUCACAUCAUUUUGUGAUUUGUCUAGAUGAAUUGAAGCAUAUCCUAGGUGCUGAGACAACAAGGAAAGGCAUUCUCAGAGUCUUUGAAAUGUUUCAGCAUACUCAGCUGAAUAAGAGGAUGGUAUACGUCUUUCUGGAGGGCUUCUUGGAAACUUUAUUUCCAGCAAAUGAAUUCCCUGAACUCUUCAAAAAACUGCAUUCACCCUCAAAGCAGAUGCAGCGAUAUAAGCAGAGACUGCAAUCUACACAAGCGCCUUCUUUACAGAAAAGGUGACACUCUAGAUUUUUAUGUUGGUGUCCAUUUGCCCAGGACUUGGGCAGGUUCUCUGGGGCUUAAAACUCUCAUGCUGUUAUUUCUGCACCGGUCUUUUAGUGUCACAUAUUAGAUUAUUAAUGCAUCCAUAAGAGAUAAUCGUUCCUCUCAUCCUCCUUCUCUUAUGCAACCACUACCAUGAACUGGGUUCAUGUGUCUAAAUGAUUUGGUGCAUCUUCAUGCAACAUUGAGAAGAAUAUUAGCCCGCUCUGUAAGAAUGUCUGUUCCUUCCACUCUUGACGGAAUCUAUGAUUGCCAGCAAUGAAAAGUGCUAGACUGUGUCAGUUGAGUUAUAAGUAAAGCACAACUGUGGUGAUAGCAAUGGAGGACUUGGCUGCUUUGCUCGGAACUGGGAGAUUGUGCAAUGUGAAAAUCAGGUGCAAUUUGAUUUGCAUUAUGACUGUUGAGGCCUUGUAGGUCUCGCUGAGCGGCUCUGAAGUGGUUGAGCUAGCAUGAAAGAAGUCUUUUGAAUAGAUGGUUCUGAGAAAUUUUAUGAUUUUCCCAAACUACAUUUGCUAACUAAAGGUUGAAGUAAUAUGUGUGAAAGCCGUGUUAGCUUCACUUUCCAGAAUGAUAAUAAUAAAUAACUAAGAAAAUUAUAUUCGUUGGUUUUAUUACUUAGUCAGGAUGGGUACACAUAAAGAAAAACAUCUUGGUUUGAAUUAGCCUGCUUAGUGGUCUUGUUUUGCUCUUCAAUAACAGUUCUUGUAUUCUGCAUAUAAUUUUUAAAGAAGAAAGGCUCAUAAUAGCACUUAGUGAAGGGAAGGACAGAUGUUUAAAAAAGGGGAUUAUCACAUUUAUUUAUUUAUUAGGAGUUUUGGGGGCUAGGAAACAGAAGCAAAUUAAAAUACAACGUUCUCAACAUUAAGAAAUUAUCAGAAUGGUUUUACUUUUUGCCAUUAAUUGUCACCCUUAGCUUUAUUUAAGUGUGUUCACCUCAAGAGGAAAAUUGCUGAAAUGACUUGGUUUCUUACUGACAUAAGUCUUCUGGACUUCAUUGAACAGUCAUAUGCAAACAAUUGCAAAUUCCUGAAUGCACCACAGUGUAUAUAUGAAAAUAAGAGACACAACAACAAUAUUUUUUUAAAUAACAAUCUUUUUUAUUUUUUGCAUAAUGUAAAAUUUUAAUAAAUAAACUUCUUCUACACAAAAAGCCCCCUGUCUAUCCUCUUUACUUCCAGACAUAAUGUCUAACUGAGAAUGAAGUAAUAAUUUACUACUUUUGCUGAGCCUUAAUUUAUCUUGGAAUCUCCUUUUCUCGAAUCUCCUUGAUGAGCACCUCCCAUGAUCAAGGAAUUUCAAAGCAUUAGGUAUAAUCCCCUUAAUAUUUUACUAUAUAGUUUGUUUAAGAUCCCAAGAAAAUAUCCCAAAUAGUAGUCAUUUAAUGCUCUGAUUCUAAACACAUUUAUUUUUACUCAACGGGGCUGACUUAAAAACAAAUGUGUUUCAGGUUUGGGCGUAAAUGCAGUACCUAAAGAUCUUGCAAAACAGGUCCUCCCAUGUAGGAAAAAAAAAUCAGGAGAAAAUGGCUUUAACCUCAAAAGAGUAAAAGAAAUAUUCAUUGGGAGGGUAUCCAAGAAAUACAUGUGUUUUUAAGGCAUGAACAAGGAAGUCUACAGCCCUUCCCCUACCUACUAUCCUUAUUUGGAUUCCAUUCUUGCUGUGAAGCCUACUCAGUAAUGGCAAAGCUGUAAAGAAAAAAAGAUAUUUACAUCUUCAUUACAGUAUGCAUGUCUUCAAGUGCAAUUGUUCUCCCCCAUCUCUACAGAUCCAUACUAUACGUGUGAUUCCCUUUUACCAGAAUCAGAACAGCUUAAGAUAACAUGUAUGAAGUAUUCUUUCUGUAGCCUCCUCAAUGCUUUUAAAUAUAGGUGGCAAUUGACAUGAAUCUCUCUCAUAUAUACAUACACUUAAAAAAUAUAUCUUAAGAUUUGUUCCUCAGUCUGUAGCCUAAUUCUAAUUGAGGUAGUAGAACUGUCUGGAUGCUAUUACUUUAAAUUGCAGGGGAGGACUUGCAUGAUUAAUUUAAAAAAAGAGCUCUGCAGGUAGAACAUCAUGUUGGGACGAAAUAAGCUUGCUAAUCCUUCCCUGUAAAGUUAGUUUUCAGUGUACAGGCAUCACCUGCAAUUUGAAGUUGAAUGAUCUUCACAGGUAUACUACUCAAUGAAAACUUAGGCCUAUGCCAGCUCUUAAUGACCUUUAUUCCUGCCCCAUUUGACUUCUAAAACAGUAGAAUGCUAUAAUCCAUGUGAAACACUGGAGAAUAGGAGAAAAGGCAGGCCUAAAUACAGCUCGUAAUACAGCCUCAAUAUAUGACUCGAGUCUAAUUUUCAACACUUCAAAGUGGAAAUGAAUAACAAUCAAUAUAGUAUGUGGUAUCUCUUACCCCUGGGCCAUCUACAUUAGACUUCAGAAUUAUGUUCAAUUGUUGAAUUUUAAAAUUGAUUACAUAUCCAGAAAAUGUGUGAAUGAAACAAAGGUGUGUUGUUUCUUUGAAUGCAAUUAUUGCACAAAGGGUUUUUUCCAUCUAUAUUUAAUUUCAGAGCGUGCCUGUAGACAGGAGCAGUCAAUUUGUACACCUCUUCCUGAUUAGUUAUUAUGCAUUGUUCCCAUGUUGUCCAUUCACAUUAUCUCGACUGUAGCCCCUGUGUUAUUUAAAAGCGCCCCAGAAUUGAUUGUGUAAAUGCAGCAGAUACUUAGCCAGGUGUGACCUGGUCUGAGAAUGCUGUGACCAGCCUCUGAAAAUAAAUGUGCCAUUGUCCAGCAAAAUGCACUUAAUUUUAGCCUUAAUUGAGAGAGAAUGAACAGUAAGGUGGAAUAUUUCAUAUGGUUCACCCUCAAGCUUCUGCCUCUGGUGUUUGCUAUGACUAAACAAUUAAUUUUAAAUGCUACCAGAAUGUGUAAUAAUUUUUAAAAGUAAAAUACGAAUUCCACAACCUCAGUUUUAAUUUAGUGCAAUAUUUUCCUGUAACGCAUGUGUAUUUGAAUAACUGUUUAAAAAAAGAGAGAAAGUUUUUAAGGUUUUGAGAUCAAAGGUAUACUGUCUUAACCAACAAUGUAUAUUCUGUUAUUGCUGCUGUGUUGGCUUAUCUAAGGACUUGUUUUAAAAGUCUGGUUUGUCACUCCUUGUAAAUCCCUACUUCUCUGUGCUCGAAUGAGCAUGGUUCUUACAUUGCAAGGAGCAAAAUCUAAAGAGCACAUCUGAAUAUAGCUGUUAAAUAAAUGACUUGUGCAUAUCAUUGUACAGUAUGUGUCAACUGUGUGCCUAAUGGUUCUUUCAAUAUCUCCCCCUUUUUCUUUAAUGAAGAAUGAAAACAAAUUUGGAAUGCCAUGGUCUCUCUUUCUGACGGCUAAGAACUCUAAGUUUUUAUUUGGAGUUUGCAUUAUGUUUGUCCAAUAGAGAAGUUCAGAAAAGUACACUAAUAAAAGUAUUAACAAGAAAA